UUGCUGUAUGUAGGUUUUAUUUUAUUUGUUUUUUUAUCUUAUAUUUUGGAAAUGUACAUCCAGUUUUUCCCCCCUUUACAUUUUUUUGGGAGAGUGGGGCCCUAAGCUAUAGCUUGUUUAGCUUAUGUACGUAAAUCCGGCAGUGGGGGGCGGGGAGCUUUCUCUGUUGCACCAUCUCCAUGCCAGAAAACGCACCAUCCGAACACCUGCCUGUCACGCAGCUAUGAAAAGCCUAGUUGCGAUGAAAAGGACAUUCUAAGGUAGCUGCGAGGCUUUAAUCCAGCUCCCAUUUUAGAAACUAAACAGAGCGGAAGAGCGCCUUAGCUUCCUCCUCUGCCACUUCGUCUCCGGACUCUCCAAGCAGAAAGCGGUUGAGCACGAGAACUUCCGCGAAAUUCCGGACGUCUCCCUCUCGGCUGGCGGCGGCGGCACCUGCUCCAAGCGGAGCCGGCGUCGCCGGGGAAACAAACGGCCGAGGGGCAGCGCCCGCGAGGCGAGUUGCCGCUGAGGGCAGCCAGCCCCCUCUGGAGGGACCCAGGCGCAGGAGCGGAUUCAAACCGCCCAAUGGAGCGUCAGAUUGGGGGCAAGGGCGGGCAUAGCGGCGGCCAAUGGAGAACGAGGAUAUUGGGAGGUGUGGCCUGCGUCGGUGAUUUCAAACCCACUUGAGGAGCGGCCCGUGGUUUGCCUUACCGACUGGCCGGUCGCGGCCUAGGUGAGUAUCCGCCGCCUGCAUGAGAGGGGGGCCUCAGCAGGUGCAUGGAAAGCGGGGCUUGGGCCAGGACGGCCGGGGCGCGGAGCUCGGAGAAAGGCCGUUGCUCUGAGGCGGCCGGGCUCCGCCUCGUUCUUACUGCCAUUCUGGUCCUCACGAUGGGCUCCACAACACAGCUCCAUCCCCACCCCGCUGCUCUUGAGGGGAGGGAGGGUUAGUGGUUUGCGUUUGUUCUUGGUUUUUGUUAAGCAUUUUGUGUGUUUUUUUAUCUUGUGUUUUUUUAUGUUGUGAACAUCGCCGAGAUCUACCGAUGAAGGGCGGCAUACAAAUUUAUUAAGUAAUAAUAGCGGCAGCUACGGAAGGCCCUCCACCGAUCUCGGCAUCGCCUGUAAAACGAGCCCGCGCUCUCUGCGCUCUGUCUGAGGUGCACAGCGGAAUAGGGCUUCCCGCUCGAGUCAUCUGCGUGUGGGCAUGCGCUGCUGAGGGCUGCAGGUUUGGGUGGGGGGCUCAGCAACUUGCUGUCCGGUGGAAGCCCCAUGCCCACCCUUCACUAGGCAAACUCACUCACUUGCAUCUCCCCUCCCCUCCCUGGUCAAAGGUUAAGCAGGGGCAGGGGGUAGAAUUUUGCUUACUGCCAGUUGCCCACUUGAGCAAGCAGGUAGUACCAGUCGCUACUAGGAAUAUACAAAAAGCUCUUGUAUUGAGUCAGGUCACUGGUUCAUCUAGCUUAAUCUUGUUCGCCCUGACUGGGAGCAACUUUAUAGGGGUUCAGGCAGGUGUCCCUACCUGGGACCUUCUGCAGGCAAAGCAGAUGCUCCACCACUGCUCUUCUUCUAGUGAAAGGGAGACGGCAGUUGAGUGAGCAACUGUAGACACCAUACCACUCUGUGUUGCCAUUGCUGCUAGCUCACUUGCCCAGUAGGGUGAGUGACACUGGUGACUAGAAACAGGACCUGCUUGUCUGUCCUCUCCCUUUCCACCGGUGCUGCUUGCUUGCUGCAUGUGUGAGUUGACAAACAGACACUAGAAGUUCCUAUCUGCUUCACUGAGGGAUGAAGAGAGGCUAUAACAAGCAUUGGUGUUCACAAUGUUACAUGUACCUAAUCUAGAGGGGAAGAGGAGUAGAACUUUAAUACCUUCAGGAGGACCCAAUCAUGCUGCUGUGAUGGAUACUUCUACAGACAGGUUGUGGUUGGUAGUGGGCUCUCCUUAGGCCAUGGCAGUUGCCGGAAGAAUCCAGCCCUGGGUAGGGGCUUCCCAGAGAAGUAGAGGAACUCUUGAUGGCUCUUUGCUCACCCAUGACAUAGGGAGCAGUGAUGAAUGCUAGGGCAGCUGUCACCACUGUGAACCAGUGAUGAUUGUCAGUAGCUGCUUUUAGGGAGAAGUGGGCAGAGGAGCUCACAUCAGCAGUUGCCAUUCCCAGAAACCAUUGGUGUUUACUUGCUCUGGUGCACUAAUGAGCAGCAUUGACAGCCUUUCUUUUCUUGGCAGUUGGUGAAUGUUGUUGCUGUCAGUUUGUUCAGGUGAGCUAUUGGUGAUAGAAGUGGCAAACAAGGAACAACCUCCAUUCCCUACCCUCCAACACAAGAGAGUGAAGAAGACAGUGAGCCUUAUGGUGAGGACAGGGGUCCCCUAGACAGCAAGUUGGCAUGGGCCUAUCAAACCUGGAGCUAGUUCUACUGUAGUAGAGACACUUAGGAACUAUUCUGUGAAGGAUUUUUCCUCCAGUGGGCCUUACAUCCAAGCCAUUUACUAGGGUUUCUAUGCUUAGAAUGUUUAUAUACCCAUAGGUAUGAGUGGUUUGAUAGGCAUUGUUAGUGCCUUCUACAAAGUGAGAUGCACAUUAAUGCUUAUUGUGGGCAAUAAUACAUUUAAUCACACACCCAAGAGGUACCCCGUUCAAAAAGUCUUGCUGGAUCAUAUCCAUGUACUGUAGUUAAAUACCCCCCUUCCUGAUGCCUCUGGAAAGCUUACCCUGAUUUCUCCCCCCCCCCCCUAAAAAAAGUUUCAUAAUUAGGACCUUGAGCUCCUUCAGUUUAAGAUACCUGGAAGUAUUAUUUGUUUAUGCAGUAGAUCUUCAUUUGACUUCUCUCUUGAGCAGGGAAGGCAAUAUUCCUUUUGUAGAAGGAGAGGUAUGUUUAAAUGCCAGCAUCUAUGUCCCAAGGAGGAUUGGAUAAAUCCUAGGCACCUGUGCACUUACAUAUUUUAUACUGACAUUUUUAUAUUGGAGAUAAUUUGGCUCUGCAAUAUUGGUAACUACUUAUAAAGAGGAUAAGCUAUUAAAAUGUUAUAUCUGCGCUGACCCUUUCCCUAGGCACCUGCCCUGUUCUGAAAGUAGCUUUCAUCAUGGUUGCUAAGUGCACUUUAUUCCAGAACUUGGAAAGUCCAUAGAACAUAAUGGAUCUUCUAUUUCAGAACAUGCUUGUUCUUUUAACACUCUCUAUAACAUGUUACAACUUCAAAAUGUCUUACUUUGACAUUUUUACCCACUAUUGCUACUGCACACUUAGAGACUCCAUUGUUUAUAACAGCAGCUUCUUUAUGGUCUAGUAAUAACAUUUCUUCAAGUCUCCUGCAAUCUACUGGUGGGUACCUCUUUCAUCAUUUAGGAUAAUGAACUGAGAAUCUUAAAUAGCUUUGUGGGUCUGGACCUGAGGCAUUUGCUUUUAAUCUCUGAAUACAGAUACUGUGUUACACUUCUAGUUCUUACAAGUAGGUUACCAAUUACUGUUUGAAAAUGUUUCAUCUGAAUUUGGUUGCAAAUACAGUGAAAACAUUUUUUCUGGAUGAAGCAAAAAUGUGAAUAUGUACUGGAAUAUUAUUCUGCAGACUGCAAUUACGUCAUACUCUAUUCUGUUUAUGAUUUUUCAGGGUUGGGCUUCACCAUUUUAAUCAUUAUUGUUUUGUAUUGUACCAUGCACAAAUGUCAAAGGAAUUAUUUCUGUUUAAGAAUAUUGUGUUGGUGUAUGUGAAAUUUCUUGCUCAUAGUGUAAUGAUUUAAUAAUAAUAAUAAAUAAUAAGUUUUUAUUUAUACCCCGCUCUUCCUGGUUCAGAAACCCGGGCUCAGGGUGGCUAACAACAAAUUUAAAACACUUAAUUGUAAUACAACAUAAAAGCAGCAUAAAAUACAGUAUGAAAGCAUGAAUAACAAUAAAGUUCAAAGUUCAAAAAUCAAUUUGAGGGAAAUCCAUCCAAUAAACAUUAGUCACCAGGGCUAGCUGGCUAAAUUAGACCUACAGUGGUACCUCGGGUUACAGACGUUUUAGGUUACAGACUCCGCUAACCCAAAAAUAGUACCUUGGGUUAAGAACUUUGCUUCAGGAUGAGAACAGAAAUCGUGCGGCGGCAGCGGGAGGCCCCAUUAGCUAAAGUGGUACCUCAGGUUAAGAACAGUUUCAGGUUAAGAAUGGACCUCCGGAACAAAUUAAGUUCUUAACCCGAGGUACUACUGUACUUGGGCCAGUGAGGAGGCCAGGGCAGAAUUAGCUGUGGGAUCCCAGAGUGGGUAAUUUUCAUAAAAAGUGGGGAGGGGGGAAGAGAAGGGAAAUAAAAGAUCAGGCUGAGUUCAAAUUAAAGGCCAGGUGGAAUAUCUCUGUCUUACAGGCCCGGCGGAAGGAGGUUAAAUCCUGUAAGGCCCUAGUCUCAUGGGACCAGGUCGGAGCCGUCACUGAAAAGGCCCUGGCCCUGGUGGAGGAUAGUCUGACUUCCUUAGGGUCCAGGACAUCUAAACUAUGGUUAUUCAUGGACCUUAAGGUCCUCUGCGGGGCAUACCAGGAGAGGCAGUCCCGUAUAUACCAGGGCCCUAAGCCACGAGGGGCUUUAAAGGUCAAACCCAGCACCUUGAACCUGACCCUAUACUCCACCGGGAGCCAGUGCAGCUGGUAAAGCACUGGGUGAAUAUGCUCCCAUGGCAGGAACCCCAUGAGGAGCCUUGCUGCAGCAUUCUGCACCCGCUGGAGUUUCUGGGACAGUUUCAAGGGCAGCUCCACGUAGAGCAAGCCUGGAGGUGACCGUUGCGUGGAUCACUGUGGCCAGAUCAGGGCAGGAGAGGUAAGGGACCAAUUGCUUAAUGCGGCGAAGAUUAUCAGUGUUAAUGACAAUCACUAAUAGACACUCCCCCCCCCCAAAAAAACCUAUUACUAGCUUUAUGUAUGUAUUUAUUUACUACAAGCAUUUCCACUUAGGAACUCAAGGCAGUGUGCAUGAUUCACUCUCUUUUUAUCUUCUCAACAACUCUGUGAGGUAUAAUAUAUGACACAGGCCCAAUGUUGCCCAGUGAGCUUCAUGGUUUAGUGGGGAUUUGAACCCUGGUCUCUCAGGUUUGACAGUCAUACACAUUCAUUCCAGCAGACUGAAUGAAAACUAACGGUUUUUGCAGUGGUAAAUGCUGUUUCCUUCUACUUUGUGGAUGUUGAUUUGUUUAUUAACUUUGUUUCCACCUGGUAAGUUCUUGUUAAAAGGGGAAUUAUGGUUACACAGAACCUGAAUGCAUUUCAGAAGCAUGGAAACAUGCUAAGGAUGUUCCUAUUUUUCUUGACUUGUAUUUAAAAAAUAAAUAAAUCUUGUUUGAGGUGCUUUCUCCUUGCUGUAGGGUACUGCAGACAUUUGCAGCCAUAAAGGGUAGAGCUUACCUAAUUUUUCUGACAAUGACCUAGUUGCUGAUUUUUGUAGUACUGUCUAUUAAAGCUGUGAAAUGGCACGUGCAAAUUAAGUGGUUGUUGCAGUAUUUAUCCUUGACUGGUAUUAGGAUUAUGAGCUUCGUUUUACUAUUGUAGGUGGAAAGCAUUUCAGCAUACUGAUGUGUGUUUGCGUGCACCUUUCAUUAUGUUCCUUUGAGGUUAGGUGAUUGUAAGAAGGCAGGAAAACCAAGCUUUGAUGCUUAUAUAAAACACGUGAUUCUAACAAAGCUUUGAGUAGUGCUACAGAACGCUGAGCAGUUAAAGGUGUCUCCUGUAAAUUUGAGGAAAGUUGUUGCACUUUGAACAGCUUCUAUAAGGCAGGACGUUGUAGUUGGUUCUUCUUAGGGAGAUGGGUCUCUGGACGUUUUUCAAAGGCCACUUAUUUUGUCUUACCAGCGCAAUGUUACAAAAAAUGUUAAUUCGAAAGCAGUUGGAGGCAGAGUAGUUCUUUUCGCAAUUAAACGUAUGCUUGCGGAUUCUGUUUCGGACCACUAUUUUUAACAGGUUCAAUUUACGGUCCCUAGUACAGAGAUCACACAUAAGCACAACCCUGUACAUACCGUCGGGCUCCUAGCCCCGCGGGAUCAGCAAGACUUAAGAUACGCGGAAGCCUCUUCAGGAGCACGACCCACCUAGCUCUAGCUAGUCUGGCCAUAAGUGGACGAAUGGCCUUCCUGGCCAGGCCUCUUGUUCAGCAUGAGAACCCGUUUGCGACAGAAAGGGAAUCAAAAAGGCUUGCGAACUGGUUAGGGUGGGGACCCUCCGCGGCGCGGAAGCCUCCGUAGAAGCGCUCUGCCUCUCUGAUCGGGGGUGGGGGAGAGCGAAGGGGCGGAGUGAGCGCAUGGUCCGUCCAGGGCGGGGAUCCCUGCCUUUGUUUGUCACAUGGCCCGGGGAAGGCCCUUCGCUCAGGUGCGACGGGAGGCGGAGGUUGGUGUCGCCGGCUGCGACGCGCCCCGCCCUUGGGGGAGGCGCCUCCUUCUCUGCCGGUCGGAGAUGCAGCUCUCCGCCCGCUCCUGCUGCUAAGCCGGGCCGCGGUUGCUGGGCAAGCGAGAGUCCGGCCUAGUCCGCCCUGGGGGAAGGCGACGUUGUCCGGCGCCCGCUGCAAGGUAGGGCGGUGGCACUGGUGGCGAGGCCUAAAUCCCCAGGGUGAAGGCCAGCUGGGGAGGGCGACUGUCAUAAACAAUGCCGGGGGAGCGGCCUGCUGCCCCGCUGCAUUGGGUGGCCAAGUUGUACCGAGCAGCGUCUCUCGGUCGGUCGGUCGGUCCGGCUGGCGAGCGGCGUCGGCCGAUUUGUUGUGCUGGUGGUUGUAGAUGUCGACUGGCUCCGAGCUGCAGUAACUGGGGAAAUGUGGCCCUGCUGGGCAUAGAGCGGGAAACGGUGUCUGGGGAGCCUUCGGCAAUUCCUGUCGCAGGGGAAGGGGACGUGCGUUGUAGGUCUAGACCGGCAAUGUGAUCUGGGACAGAAAGGGGAUCCUUGACAGGGAAGGGAUUCGGAUCACCUUUUGAGAUUCCCCUGUAUGUGCUUGGAAGACGCUGGGGUGAGGUGGGGUGGCAUGGGCGCGAGAUUGUCUUGAAUGAAGAAGGCCUAUGUCAGGAAUCCUCAACAUCGAGCGCUUGAGCAUUUGAACGGAGGUGUUAUGUUAUGCUGUUCUACUCUGUGAAUGUUCACAACAACAACGCUGGCCCUAUUUCAGGGUGCUUGCUUAUUAUGCUUCGUAGGAAAUUUUCAUUCUUUGAAAUUUAAACCAGGGAUGCUUAAUUUUUGACUCUCCAGAUGUUGGACUACAACUCCCACUAGAAAUCAAGCAGGCACUAUCCCUGUUUGAGAUCCCUGGUUUAAAAGGUUUUUCAGGAAGUCCUUGUGUUAUGAACUUGUUCUAAUGUUUUCUACGUUCUGAUGUUGUAACUUAAGUGUUAAAUUCAAUCUGUUGUAUGUUUUGCUCUUUCCUGUAAACAGCUGUGAGAUACAUAGUAAAAAGUGGGGUAAAGUAAAGGUAAAGGGACCCCUGACCAUUAGGUCCAGUCGUGGCCAACUCUGGGGUUGCGGCGCUCAUCUCGCUUUAUUGGCCGAGGGAGUCGGCGUACAGCUUCCGGGUCAUGUGGCCAGCAAGACGAAGCUGCUUCUGGCGAACCAGAGCAGCGCACGGAAACGCCAUUUACCUUCCUGCCGGAGCGGUACCUAUUUAUCUACUUGCACUUUGGCGUGCUUUCGAACUGCAAGGUUGGCAGGAGCAGAGACUGAGCAACGGGAGCUCACCCCGUUGCGGGGAUUUGAACCACCAACCUUCUGAUCGGCAAGUCCUAGGCUCUGUGAUUUAACCCACAGUGCCACCCGCGUCCCUAAAAGUGGGGUAUAAAUAUCUUAAUCAUCCCUGACUGGUCAUGUUAACUGGAAUCCAACAUCUGGAAGGCCACAGCCUAGGCUAACUUAUUUUAAGCUUUUUGUAUCUGGUGCUUUGCAGAGCAUUUUUUUAAUUUAAAAAAAAUGAUUUCUUUUCUUGCGCUCCUCUUCAUAAAAAAGACUUCCAGGGAUGUAUUGUAUCCCAAUUUGGUACAAAAUUUGAGGAAUUAUUUUUUCGGGAUUACAGUACAAGUUUUUGAAAAUGGUACCAAACAAUGUUUUAAAAGGCUUGUAACAACAAACAGUUCCUAGAGUUAUAGCAGAAUUCUAUAAUGUUUACCCAGAAGCAAGUCUCACUACCCCAUGCUUCAAUUUUAUUAAGUCUGUUACAAAAGUUGGGUGCCUCCCACUCUCUCUGCUGGGUGGUGGCAAAAGCCCAUGGGUAUUGAGACACAGCAGAGACACUUGUAGCUUUAAGAAAUAUGGGUUAUUCAUUCAUUUACCCCUUCAAUCUGCAUUGAGGGAGUCCAGAUCUUACCGCAUGGUCAUUUCAAGAGGGGCUUGUACCCCACAGCAGUGCAGCUCUGGAGUCCAAGUCAUCUCUCCCAGUAAUUUUCUCAGCCAGCCUGUCCAAAAAAUGGCUCCCAACCCUUCUUCAUCCUCCUUCCCUGAACCCCUUACUACCAGACUCCCUUUUCCUGUCACCUCAAACAUUGUUUUGCUGGCAACCUUCCAAAUCCCCAGUCACUGUUCACCUGGGGUGGGGGGAAAGGACAAUUCCUCAAUGAUUCUCUAUUGUUUCUUAAAGGCUUGGCCAGCUUGUUUAGCAUAGGCUAGUCCAGGAAUUGAUCUUCAGAUUGUAUUUCUCCCUUCACACCCCAAAUCAUCAAAAUCCUACCAUUUAUUAAAUUCUGAGAGUAACCCUAAUCAAGCACUGUGUUUCUGGCUUCAGAAAACAUAUGAUUACUUUGUUGGAGUGCUCAGUUCAUUUGUUCUCUCUCCCCAGUUCUUUUUGAUUGGCUGUUUUCUUUUAGAAGACAUCUGAAGGUAGCCCUGUUUAGGGAAAUUUUUAAUAUUUGCUGAAUUAUUGUAUUUUAAUCUUUUGUUGGAAGCUGCCCAGAGUAGCUGGGGAAAUCCAGCCAGAUGGGUGGGUUAUAAAUAAUAAAUAAUAAAAAUUAUUAUUGUUGUUGUUGUUUUAUACUUGAAACAGCAACUGCCAUACUGUAAAAUAUUUCAAAUGAUGCAGUCAAAUUUAAGCACUUUUAAGUCCCCAUUAUCUGAAAGUAGGAAAAAGUUAAGCAUGUCUGUUAAUCCUGUUGAAAUUGAGAAGGCAUAAAGGUGCUGGGUCAUUUAGCUCAAUCUGAUAUCUUUAGCUCAAUCUGAAUAUGUUUUCUUUGAAAUAAAUCUUACAGAUUUCAGUGUGGUGUACUCUGGAAUAGCUGUAUGUAGGAUUGCAGUUACCGGUAGAUACUUCAAAGUCACAUUGUGUAUUUAAAACACAAAUAAUCAAUUCUGUACAAUUCUGAUAUUAGAAAGCUUUUAUCAUUUGUGUCCUCAAAGCAGCUUCUGUGAAAAGUAACAUUUUGAGAUGGCUUGGUUGUGUUGUUGUUUGAUAGGUGAAUCUUUCUUGCUGUGGGUGAUGUUGGAGGUCCAUCACACUGUUAAACAGUAGAAUGCACUGGGUAAUAAACUCUGGGCUCACCAUACUUGCUACGUGGUCCAGAACAAAUUACAAUUCCUCUGCCCAGCUAAUGUCAUAGAAUAAUUACAAAAUUAGAUGUGAGUUCCCCAUAAAAAGCAAAAAAAGGAGGGCAAGCUGAAUGAACAGAUUUGAUCUUCAGUUGCUUCAUCUUUUAAGCAUUGGGGAGCUACAGGUGAAGUUUUGCAAAUAGAAUUGGAAAGGAAAGUUUUGUUAAAAAUUAAUCUGAGGUUUUGCUUCUAAGUGAGAUCUUGAGCAAAGCUUUUCCUUGGUUGCAGCAAAACAAUAGUAACUUACGGAGUAAUGACAACAGUGGCAGUGAUCCAAGUAUCAGUUCAAAAGUAGCGAUCACAGUGUGUACUGCAAUUAAACACAUCUAUUCUGAGCUACCUUUGGUUCUCCCUCCUUAUCUUCUGUCUUCCUCACUGGCUCUGUUCAUAUCUCCGUUCAUGUGCUGUGGGUUCAUUUGCUCCCCUCUCUCACCUCAGUUUUCUUUUUCAAAAUCAAGGGGCCUAUGACUAUUAACAAGGCAUUACUUCCAAGCCACUGAAGAUUGAAUGCAUGACAUUUUAAUAGAGCCAUUGUCUAUUUUAAGCGGGGGUAGGGGCGCUUAUGAAGCUCUAAGAUGUCAUGUAUGCUCAUUGUGUUGUAGCAAUAGCUGAUUCAUAAAAUGCCUGCUUCAUGCCAUGUUGAUCGUUGGGUGGGUGGGUGCACGACUGUGAUUUGCCCCUACUGAUGUCUGGGAUCUGCUGAACAAAUGCUGCCUGUUUAUGCAGCAGCAUGAUCUUCCCAGCUUGAGAUAAACAUUACCAGGACAGAAGUGAUGUGGGACAGCUGACUGCAUGGUUUUGACGCUACCCCAGCUGCAACAUAAGCUGCUUCUAUGGCAAAUGCAGGAAAGCAUCCAGAGGCAGUUUGGUCAGGGAGUGCAAAGGAAAAGAGUCUUGCACCAUCCUAACCUAUUUUGAGUCUUUCCAAGGGGAAGGACUGUGGUUGUGAGAGCAGGUAAACCUGUUCAAGGUGCCCCAGAAAGGAAUUGGAAACCAGAACAACACUAGAGGGCAUCCCAAUUUAACCAACCAUAUCCUUUUUGAGCACUUGAACACUGACAUUAGCUUUCUUCUCAUAAAGGGAGCUGACUGCUUCCAUCUAAGGCCAACAGGCGAGGAAAAUACUCAAGUUGGUACUGGGGGGAAAACUACUUUAAAAGCAUUGUUUGUAUUGCUGAAAUAGCAAAGGACCGCAAAAUAUUGUUUUUUUAAAAAACUUCAUAUUUUUUGCAGGUACUGCAGUGCUUCACUUAAAAUCUUAUGUACUAUAUUUAAAUAUAGUAAAGUAUAAGAGACGAGUAGCUUUUCUACAUGAUAUGUAAGGAAACUACCUCACAUUUUGAAACUUGGAUUAAUGACUAGUUUAUUGCAAACAAGCUAUAUGCUUUUAAAAUUAUUGUUAACGUUGACAGUCGUCCUGUUUUGUAUGGCAUUUUAGUGCCUGGUUCACUAUUAAAAUCUCAUAAGUGCACUUGUUCUUUAUACAGUUUUUAGGGACCUGGUAAGCAUUUUCUGCCAUAGUUUUAGUUGCCAGUGCGAGGGAUUGUCCUACAUAACUUAUUAAAUUAGGAGCCUGAAGCUUGUCCUUUAUUUUUGACUGUUUGGAAAGAGAAUUGCACCUGCAUUCUUUAACAUUUAACAACUGACACGAAGAGCCUUAUAGUUUCAGUGCUUAUGGUCCGCUGGUAUUAAUGUUAUUGUUUUUAACUAUUUCAAUAAAAUACUACUAUUGAAUUUUUAUUUUGUUUUAUAAGAAAAUUAUACCAAGAGGAGGAUGAGGAGUAAAAAUGUGAUAAGGGAAAAUAAAAGAAUUAUGUGAUCUGUGAAGGUUGUAUAUAUUAGGUGCUGAAUAUCAAUGACUAUCUUGUAAUCCCUUCUGUAAUAACUGACAGUGGGAGUACACUUUUGUAGCAGAACCAGUAAUUGGGAUGCCUGUGAUUUUUAAACUGCUGCAUACACAAUCCUGAAGUGCUUUGGGGAAUUUGCCUCAUAGUUGGAAAUGGAUACUAGUUCCCAUUUGAGGUAACUCAAAGGCUAUUCUAUAAAAAAAUAAAAUAAUGUAACAUUAUACAAAGUUGACAUUUUUUUCUUUUAAUUCAGUAUACUAUCAAUAAAGUAGAUGCUGUUUCCCCAAGUUUGCUGGUGAUGCUGUUACCUUUUUGCCUCCUUGAGUAGAUUUCGGCAUGCCUGAAUCUUCUAGGCUUUACUUGUCAUCUUACCAGUGUGUCUAUACCUUAUUGUUAAUAUAAGAAAAUCUUAUUUAUACUAGUUGGACCAGAUAGCCUUCAAAUACAUUCCAACUCUUUCUUUUGCAUGAAUAAAAAUGACCUCUUUGUAACUAUUCUGGAGAACCUUGAAAUGUUUUCGGCAUUAUUUAAUAUUUUAUACAUUAGUUCAGACGUUAUACAGAAUGUGUAGGAGGUGUUGGAACAGGUAAUGAAAUUAUUGGGUGGUGCUUGGCUUCCUGUCCAUAAUUAAUAUUAGGUAAGGCAAUCUCAACCUACUGUGGCUUCAGUGAAGUAAUUCUGUAUAAAUAGUUGACUUAUUUUGCCAGCUUAACCUCUCCUUUCAACCUGGCCACAGAAGUUAGAUUAAACUGGUAAUAGGUGUAUGGUGUUUUUGUUAAGCAUGUUCUCUUUGGAAGAUGAGAGGUUUUCCACUGCUGAACAGUCUUUGGAUGUCAUCCUGGGGCCUCCUCCAGCUCCAAUGUGGUUUGAAAGUAGUUGCUGAAUUUGGAUUUCCUUGUGUAUUUUUUCCUAUACACAGGAAUAGGGAAAAAAUACACCAGUAAGAUCACUUGAAGUUGCUUAAAAUUCUGUUUCUCUUCCACAGUCUUAAAAAGCUUUUAAAAUCUAUUCUUUGGGGCACCACAGACUUGCUGUCUCUUGCCAGUAGCUGCUGUGAUAAAUUUCCACCAGUUGAUAGUAGCCCAUUUGGUUAUGGUGCAGCAAUAAUCACUUGACUCUAGGGUUAAUAUGGGAUGAGGGCAUGUUGGUGCAGCCGUCUUGAGUUAGGUGACAGAGGGUUGUGGGAUUGCAUAUCAGCAAGUGAAUAACAAGACUUUAGUGGUGCAGACAGGAAAUAGAACAGGCUGUAGGAAGGUAGAGGUGCUUCUGCAGUCUGGAAAAUGCUGGUUGUCGAGAUUAAAAGUGCAGUUAAUUUAGUGGCUUAAUAACUUGCUCUGUAUUGUGCAUCAUUAGUUGAAUUUGGCAUUUAGAAAUAUGUUAUUGACCUGAUGAAGUUGACACUGUAUCAGCUCUGAGAAAGCCAUUUAUGUUAAAAUACUGCUAGACCAUGUAAACUUGCAUAUGUCUUGGAAUGAUCUUACAGAGUUGGGUGUGUUUCAGAAUAUAUUAAAAGCACUUUAGGGGACUGAAUGAGAGUCCGAUUAACUAUGUUCCUUACUACAGAACAUUAUUGCUGCAUCUAUAUAAUUCUGAAGGAAGAUUCCUGUUGCUUUUGUGUCUGCCAAAAGAGGGACAGCAAAUUACUUAAUGAUAUAUUUUCUCAUUUCAUUGUAAUUUCUAUAGCCCUUUUAUGGUGGCAUUGAUCGUGCAUUGACAGUAAAAAUUGAGGUUUGUGUGUAUUUUGCAAAUGCAACUAUGACCAGUGACUGUUAAUUUUACUUUCACCCCUCCUACCUAGGAAUUACUGAUUUACAAGAAACUAAAGCACCAUGGGGGAUGAUAGUGAAUGGAUGAAAUUACCCAUUGAUCAGAAAUGUGAACACAAGGUAAGAAGAUUGUCUUAAACUGUAACAUAGGUUAAGACAAGAUUGAGUAUGUGUGUAUGUUAGCUGCCAAACUUGUUAAAGGAUAACUUCAAAAUGACUUGUGUAUACACUAAUCUUUUGGGUGGAGUAUAAAUAAUAAAUUGUUAUUAUUAGAAAUUGUUUGGUCUUUUUGUAUAAUUAUUUGAAAUGUUUGAUGUUCUUCUGCAUGUCUUCUCAAAUGAGACCAGUUUGCUCACUGACUUGCAUUGCAUGUGACUUUGCUUCCAUCCAUAAUGGAAGACCAGUUUUACGAAUACUCUCAAAAUCAGUUAUAGAGGCUAUAGAAAAAUAGCUACUUUGUUUGAUUUUUGUCUUAUGGGGUCACUGAUAAAUGUUUAACAGAGCAAAAUGGAAAUGGCAGGUAGUAAAUAUGUCUGUUAUAUGAGAAGCUAUAGGAAAAAUUUAGGUGCUAUUUCUCACUUGCUGCUUUUAUUGUUCUAAUAAAGGGGGGGGAGAGAAAACUAUUAUUUUAGAGAGUUAACAUCUUGUUCAAGUUAAGCAGAAAUCUUCCUGAUAUCUUUCUAUUCUCGUCCUAGUUGUGGAAGGCUAGGUUAAAUGGCUAUGAAGAAGCCUUGAAGCUGUUUGAGAAGAUAGAUGAUGAGAAGAGCCCUGAAUGGUCCAAGUAUCUUGGACUUGUAAAGAAAUUUGUGACCGACUCUAAUGCAGUUGCUCAACUGAAAGGAUUGGAAGCAGCCCUUGCCUAUGUUGAAAAUGCCCAUGUAGCAGGAAAGUAAGUUACUUGGUGUUUGCCUUCACUCCACAUUUUCUAGGAAGGAACUCUAUCAGCUCUUGCCUUGCUGCAAAUAAUUCACCAGAGGAAGCAUUAAUUAAGUGACUCUGACUUUUCUUGAGACUCUAGAAAUUCUCCUAUGAAAACCUCAUUUUUUACCUAUUCUCCUUGUAAUCUCCCUAUUGUAAGAUUUUGUUGCUCCUUCAUAAUUUACCCAAAAUUUCAUUCCUUUGUAAUAAAUGCAUGCGUUCAGAUUUGUAUCUUACACACCUUUUAACAAUAGUCUUACUUUCGGUAAACUUUGAAAAGCAGAAAAAGAAGUUUCAAUCGUAGACAAAGAUUUGGAAUUAAAAGGGGUACAAAAUCCAGUUGCAGUUUUUAAGCGAGCAUCACAUUGCUGCUGCCUUACAUCAAGUGGUUUAUGGGUAGCCUUAGAGCUGCUGGUCAAGCAGAGAAAAAUUAAGUGAUGCAUAUACAUGUCUGUAAACCAACAUUUGACAUGUACUCUUGAAUUACAAGGGAACCUUAUAUUUCAGGGUGAUCUAUUCGCCUGUUGCUUAGGGCUAGAAUGAGUCAUUAAAGGACACUUCAGAUACACUUCACAUGAAAAUUGUCUGUGAUCAGAAUAAAUGUUUAAAUGGCUGCCUUAGGUCAUUUAACAAGAUAUGUAAGAGUCCAGCAUUAGACAGAAGAACAUGGAUGGAGAUUAGUGCUGUGAUUUGUUUGGAGUAGAGUGCAUUCCUGUACAUACAACAAACAAAACUUAAUUCCCCCAGGGAACAGAAUGGUUAAUGUUUAUGUGACCUAAAAGUGUUGCCUUCUUUUUCUUUUUUUAAAGAACAACAGGAGAAGUGGUGUCUGGAGUUGUAAAUAAAGUGUUUAAUCAGCCUAAAGCUAGAGCCAAGGAGCUUGGCACAGACAUAUGUCUUAUGUUUAUUGAAAUUGAGAAAGGGGAGAUAGUACAAGAAGAGCUUCUGAAAGGCUUGGACAACAAGAAUCCCAAGAUCAUAGUUGCAUGUAUAGAAACACUGAGGAAAGCACUAAGGUAAGUUAAUCUGAAGAAGCUGUCAUUCCAGCCAUGUGAGGAGAGGGGUGUUUGUGGUGAUUAAUAAUCUGGGGAAACCCAGCCAGAUGGGCGGGGUAUAAAUAAUAAAUUAAUAUUAUUAGUAUUAGUAUUAUAUAAUAGAAUUUGGUAUUGGUAUUUGAGAGUGCACUGAAGCAAUUAUAACAAUCUACUAGAACAGAGCAAUACACGGAAUUGUAUGACUCUUGAUGAACUCUAUUGUAGCUUACUGCGCUGCCAAGGAGAGAAAUUGAUCCAAUUUAACAGAUGGUUUCCUUAAAAACAUUCCUGCUGGUAGCAUAGUUGUUGAUUAAUAAAAUAAUUGUUAAAGACAAAGCAAAAAUAUUUGUCCAGGAUCAAAGAAGCCAUGAGAGUGUCACAUGCCCAUAAUGGCUUUUAACUUUAAUACUAGCUCAUACAGCAUGCCAGGUCACUUUUUUUUUUUAAUGGUGGUUUCAAAAGUAGUUUGUGACUUUAAAAAUGGGUAGCUCCCACUUGAUCAUGUUGUGGAUGCAUCUAAAUAACUAUUCUAAUUCCUCUCAGACUUCUUUGGUUAUGUUUUGUCUAUUAAAUAAUUGCAAGUCUAAUCACAAAUACUCCAUUUUCAAAGUGUUUUUAGUGAAGGGAUUCAUGGAAAUAACUAAUUUCUAUCUUCAGUCUUGCACCAUUCAUAUGUUCAGAUACUGAGAUUGUUAAUAAGCAGUUGAUUAUAAUCCAGGUAUCUAAAUUAUUGUAUAUAUACUUCAUAGUUAUAAGCAGGAGAAUUGUAGCUGCUGCUAAAUUAAUAAUUGCAUGAGCAGAACUUCACUCACAUGACAUUGAUUCAACACAUUGCCCAUGUUUGUAUGACUCAAAAGUAGGCAAACAUGAAAUUCCAUAAGAGGGGAAUGCAGGGAAACCAGUUUAAGUAACUAUGUGCAUUUAAUGCUGCAAUCCUAAAUACAGUUAGGAUUGAAUUUGUAUGAGAAAUUCUUGUAAGUGCAUCUAGUAUUGUGUUGUGCAUCGUAUUCAAAGACUCACACACUUUUCAAAUUAAAUGUUAAGAGAAGGUUUUACAUAUUGGCUGUUUAGUAUGAGUAAUCUCAGAUUAACAUUGAUUGAAAUUGUUGCCAGUACAGAUCUGCCAGAUGAAGGAGCUAGUAUACAUAGUUCUCCUAUUAUAAUAAGUUAAAUAAGCCAUGUUCUAAUGUCACAGUAAGUCAUAAACCAUUAAAAAGUGGCAUUCUAGUGUAUGCUUUUGAAUCACUCCUAUUCUUCUCUUCCCUUUGUCAAAUUUGGGAACAGCAAACCAUGAACCUUGGGCUAAGUGUAACAUGAAAACCAGCCCUCAUUGUUAGUUUUGUCCAAACAAACCAGUACUUGUUCUUGGCUUACCAAACACAGUUUGUUUGGAAGGAACAAUGAGUGCUGUUUCGCACAUUAUGUUAAGCCAGUGGUUGUGGUUUGUUGCUCCUGGCUCAAUGAAGAGAUUCAGCCAAGUUCACAGCUCAUUCACAGGAAACCAUGGCAGUGGCUUACCAUGACGUGCAAGCAGGACCUAAGAAUAACCGAGUCAAUGUGCAUUAUUUAUUUAUUUAUUUAUUUAUUUGUCUUGCAUUUCAGUGAAUAUGGUUCAAAAAUAAUCUCACUGAAGCCAAUAAUCAAAGUGUUGCCAAAACUCUUUGAGUCUCGAGAGAAGGCUGUUCGAGAUGAAGCCAAACUUCUCGCUGUUGAGAUCUAUCGGUGGAUAAGGGAUGCUCUCAGGCCUCCAUUACAGAAUAUAAACUCUGUUCAGGUAAGCUUGGCAAGUACUGUUUUCUAGCAUUCUUAGUGUAAGUAGCCGCCCACCAGUAGAUCAGGGUAUAUUUUUGUUACAUCUUUUGGCUUGAGCAAAAGGGAGGAAAUGAAUAAAUCUUUAACCUAAGCAUGAGGGAGGGCUGGCGUUUACCCAGAAUUCAUGCGGAAUCUUUCCAAACAAGAUGCUACUUCACACAGAGGCUUAAUGUGACCAGGUAACCAUGUCCCUUUCUUUAGCUUUAAGCUUCAAAAGGUAGAGUAUCUCCCAGACCAUGUUCUAAGUAUGAAGUGGCUAAGUAAAAGCAAGAGAGCAGGUAUAUUUGAACCCCAGUGGUGUAUCUGUGUUUUCAUUGGGCUUUCCCCCCUUUAAGUAGAGGAGCAAUUCAUAAAUAAGAGCACUAUUAUCCAGUAAGCAAAGGAGAUACUUGGAAGUAGGGUCUCGGUUUUAGGGAAAGUAAAACUGUAACUGAAGACAGGAGUGCCUGGCGUGUUCUGGUCCAUGGGGUCACGAAGAGUCGGACACGACUAAACAACAACAACAAAACUGUAAAUAUUGUUGUACUAGGGGCUGCCAACCCCAUACCCCCACACGUGGCCACCCCCUCUCCUCUUUACAUCUUGCCCAUCUCUUUGCCAAGCCCCACACAGGACACCCACAUCUCCCUUCACCUCACAGCUUGCCCCAACUCUCACUCCCUUUUAACAAACCACUCUCUGAAACUCCUCUCACCCUUCUUUAAACAGCUGUUGCUUAAACUUGCCUGCUUGCUGCUCUGUCGUUACAUUGGCCUUAGGCAGCUACACAAACUUCAGCAUGACAGGCUUACAAAUUUAUUAUAUAAUAAGAAAUGCCCACCAGACCCUAGCUUGAACUGAUGUUUAACUAAUAUUUUCCAUGAGAAAUCUCAGAUGUAAUAUUUUGCUGCAUGUUUUUAGAUCUGUCUCAACAUUUUUAUCUAUUUUUAAACUGGCAGAUAAAUUCACACAUUCAAGUGAAGUCACAGCAUUGUAUAAUAGAUUUAUCACUUUUAGCUUAUGCCUGCAUUGUUAGCUGCCAGACUUGAUAGAAUGUUGCAUAACUGAUGUGAUAGUAAUUCAUAGGUUCAAGUUAGCAAGUAAUAACUUGAGUUGGGAAUUGUGUUUGACAUGGUCCAAAAUUUGUCAGCUCUCAAAUAAUGAAUGUCAUUUUCUUGUCUUAAGCGAAAGUAUACUGCUGUGAAUCCCCUCCCCUUAAGACAGAGUUAAGACACUAAUUAAUUUCCCUGAAUUUAAUUUGGUGAAAAAGCAGUUAAAUUGAACCUAGGUAAUGAAGAGAUGUUAAUGAUCUUCUGCUCUAGCUUUCCUACAGUAGCUCAGGAUUAUGGCAAGGUUAAGGAACAGUUUUACUUGUGACAAGGGAAUGCACACAUAUCAGUAGGACAUUUCGUGUUUUGAUUCUCGCAGUUAAAAGAACUGGAAGAAGAAUGGGUCAAACUACCGGUAUCAGCUCCCAAGCAGUCACGGUUCCUUCGCUCCCAGCAAGAAAUGAAAGCAAAGUUUGAGCAGCAACAGGCAGCUGGUGGAGAUGCAGAUGGAGGUAACUGUUGACUUGGGACUUCACAGUAGAUACCUUUGCUGACUAAGAAUCAGAUGAAGGUGGUCAAAAAACAUAAGCUGGCAUAAAAUGUUGAUGCACAUCAAUCUCUAGGAAAAGUCAUUGAUUGCAGAGUUAAUACUCUGCUUCACAGCUUAUUAUUUUACAUAUAAUAAAGUAAAAAAUGGUGACAUAAUUAGCCCAUCAUGGACUAGUGCCAUGCUGUUUUUAUUGAAAUUAUUUGUAUGUUUUAAACGUAUUUAGAACAUAUUAUAACGUAUGUUUUAAACAUUUUUUGAAAAUUCUAUUGAUGUGUAAUCAUCUUUAAGCUUUAUUGAGUCUUGUCAGAGAAGAAGGCGGAGGAUAAAAUAUAUAUAAUAACAGUGUCUGGCUAUAUAUACUAACAAUUCUUUCAAUAGGAGGAGAUGAUGGUGAUGAGGCUGUUCCACAGGUGGAUGCCUAUGAACUUCUGGAAGCUGUUGAAAUUCUCUCCAAACUUCCUAAAGAUUUCUAUGACAAAAUUGUAAGUGGUGAUUCAGUUAACCAUUAUUCCUUCUGUAAUCUUAAUACAGUGGUGCCCCGCAAGACGAAUGCCUCGCAAGACGGAAAACCCGCUAGACGAAAGGGUUUUCCGUUUUUGAGUUGCUUCGCAGGACGAAUUUCCCUAUGGGCUUGCUUCGCAAGACGAAAAUGUCUUGCAAGUCUUGAGAUUUUUUUCGCUUUUCCCCUUUAUCUAAUCUGCUAAGCCUUUAAUAGCCUUUAAUAGCCUUUUAGCAGCUAAUCCGCUAAGCCUUUAAGCCUUUAAUAGCCGCUAAACCGCUAAUAGCGCUAAUCCGUUAAGCCGCUAAUAGGGUUGCUUCGCAAGACGAAAAAACCGCUAGACGAAGACUCUCGCGGAACGGAUUAAUUUCGUCUUGCGAGGCACCACUGUAAUAAAUACACAAAUGAAUAAUCUUUUUCUGAACCAUAGACACUAAACUAUCUUUCCCAUUUUCUUUCACAAUUAACUGUCAUGUCCUAUGUAUCUACAAAACAGCUUCAUUUUUCAGCAGUCUUAAUUAAAAUGGCUUCAUGUUCAGGGACAUUAAAGUAUUUGAUGGGAACUCCUGAGCUGUCAUUGAAUGAAAAUAAUAAAAGUGCUUUUAUUAUUGUUUAUCUUGGGUUUCUACAAGUGUGUGAAGGUGCUUCUCCUGUACACAGAGAUGCUGCCUCAGCACAAAAGCGCAUCAUGUCCAAUAAUGCAUAUACAUAGACAUAAAUCAUGUUGUGUAUAUAAGGCUACAUGUUUUUCCAGAAACAGUGCACAUCUAUUUGCGUCUAUGUCUGCUGGUGGUAAAAGUUUUCCCUCAGCACACAUAGAAAAAUCUAUACUGUCAGUGUAAAAAACAAAUGGCUGAAGAAGGCUCUGUCUGCAAGUGUUCUGGUUAACCUUACAGGAUUUGCAACAAUUUCUGAAGACCAAGGUAUAUAUAAUUUUUAUGUUUUGCAUUGCAGGAGGCCAAAAAAUGGCAAGAGAGAAAAGAAGCUUUGGAAGCAGUGGAAGUGCUAGUUAAAAAUCCCAAACUUGAAGCUGGAGACUAUGCAGACUUGGUGAAAGCUCUUAAAAAGGCAAGGACCUCUCUAAUACCCAAAUAGUCCUUUCCAAGCCAAAUAUGUGGCAUCACUAUUACUGUAUUUAAAAAGAGGUUUGAUAAUUCAUUGGUUAACACAGAGUGUGAUUAUAAAGUUCAUUCAUGGGAUUGAUUUGAUCAUGUGACAGUGUUUGAAUUGCUGGAAUGGGAAUAGAAACACUGACAUUCAAAUAUGUGGGCGUGCAAUUGAUAUAGGUGGUAUAAGAAGGGGUUGGGUGGGGAAAUGCAGCGUCUAGUAUGGUUCUCCUGAGUCUGCAGAGGUACACUGCUGCUGCUUGUUUAGACAUCCCAUCCAAAUAAUCUGUACAAUACAAUACAAUAAUACUGUAUUGUAAUGUUCCUCUUCCCCCACAGGUUGUUGGAAAGGAUACCAAUGUAAUGUUGGUUGCUUUGGCUGCCAAAUGCCUUGCUGGACUGGCUACUGGUCUCAGGAAGAAAUUUGGACAGUAUGCAGGUCAUGUAAGUAUGCAGGUCACUACACAGAAUACAACUAUUAUCUGCAGACUAGAAUAUCUGAGGUUAGCACUGAGCUAUUACUGGUUCCUGCUGCUUGAAUAUGAACUUCUGUUAAACUUCUAACAAAGUGAGAUGAAAAAGAGCAUCUACAGGAAGGCUUCCCCACUUCGCUUUCCCCCUUUUUUAAAGGAAAAAUAAGAGCACUUCUUAAUUUUUAACCUUAUUUUAAAGGGCUAUCUUGAAUAGGCUACUCGCACAGUGUUCCUUGAAGUAAUACAAGUUCAGUGUGUUUGUUUUUCUGUGUAUGGGGCACUCUCCUAGAGCACAGUGGGAAAACAAACAUUAAUUUCAACUUCUUAAUACCUUGGUAACAAUUUUUAUAGGUUGUCCCAACUAUCUUAGAGAAGUUCAAGGAGAAAAAGCCUCAGGUCGUACAAGCAUUGCAAGAAGCCAUUGAUGCAAUCUUCCUGACUGUAAGUGCAUGGCUAGUAGUGUUUUAAACAAGUUUAGCAGACCAUGGUUUUGCCAGAACUAAUAUCCUUUAACCAACCAUUCUAGACCACGUUACAAAAUCUAAGUGAGGAUAUAUUGGCUGUGAUGGAUAACAAAAACCCAACCAUCAAGCAACAGACAUCUCUCUUCAUCGCAAGAAGCUUUCGUCACUGCAAUUCUACUGUCCUUUCUAAGAGCCUGCUGAAACCCUUCUGUGCGGCACUUCUCAAGGUAAAAAAAGAAGUUCUUAGCAUUGUAGAGGUCUUUGUUUGGCUGAAAGUAGUAUGUGGAACUGGAGAGUGUUUCUGUAGUGAUUCUUGUGCUGGGAUGCACAACAAUCAUGAACUGUUUCGUAGAAGAAUUUUAUUUCAACCAGGUAGGAGAGCAGACAGCUUGCCUUAACUCUGGAGAAGAAAGGAGAUCAUAGAAUCAUAGAAUUGUAGAGUUGGAAGGGAUCCUGAGGAGAGAUGAGACCGGUAUGAGAGCAGUAGCUCUCCAAAGGGAGGAAAGCCAAAAUAAGCCAAAUAAGCUUUGUAGCCCUUAACACAAUUGCUUUUUUGUGCUUCGUUUACUAUGAAAAGGGCUUACACAUUGUGCAUGUUUACAAGAAAAAUCCAGGGCUUAAGACAAAUUGUAAGAAUCAAUGCAGUUAAUAAUUUCUGUCCUUUUGCUGCAAUGCUCAAUAAUAAUAAUAGUAAUAAUCAGUGGUGGAGCAUCAUCCAUUUUUUUUGUUAGAUUACUGCGAUAUGUUAUAUGUAGGGCUGCCUUUGAAGGUAGUUCGGAAGCUUCAGCUGGUGCCGAAUUUAGCAACUGGGUGCUCAUCAAAGCAAAACAGCUUGAGCAUAUAACACCUGAGCAUAUAACACCAAUCCUGGCCUGACUGCACUUGCUAUCAGUUGGUUUUGGGGCCUAAUUCAAAGGGCUGCUCUUGACCUAUAAAGCUGUAUGUGGUACCCCUAGGACCACCUCUUGCCAUAUGAACCAACCCAGGCUCUGCAGUGGUAAUUUGAGGUCUGGAGGCUUGACUGGUGCCAGGCAGAACUUUCCUAUAUAACCAGACCUUUGACCUUUAACUACAUGUAUCUUUCCCCCCUUGGUUUUAAUCUACCAAUGUAUGAUUGGUCCCGUCCCCCCUUUUCUUCUUCUUUUUGUUUGUUUGUAAGUCGUUUUGGGUUACCUUGGGCAAAAUAAAAAAAUGAAGAAAUGUAAUAAAUAAUAAUAGUGUGAAUGGGAAAUCUAGUUGGCAAACUCCUCAGGUCUUGUGUUUUUGCUACAGCAUAUUAAUGAUUCGGCUCCAGAAGUUAGAGAUGCUGCAUUUGAAGCCCUGGGUACUGCCCUGAAGGUGGCAGGUGAGAAAGCUGUGAAUCCUUUCCUGACAGAUGUGGACAAACUAAAACUAGACCGGGUAAGUCUCACUGUUCUGACACUGAAUCAUCAGGCUUUUGCAGUUUCUAAAGACAGCAGCAUUGGGGAAGGCCUGUACAUGGGCUUUAGGCCACCGGUGGGGAACCUCCACAGUCCGUGUGCUGCAUUUCGGCUUGUAACCAACUUUCAUGUGGCCCAUGGCAAAGUCAUGCUCCGGGGCCUCCACCCCUUCAAUCCUGAGCCUUUCCCAGCAAGAGAAAAGCAGUACAUAGUGAUGGGGAAGAAGCUUCUUUAGGAAUGAAGGGGAAAGAGGUGGUUAGACUUAAAGGAGCUGUGCCUCCAUGUCCGUGGACUUCUUGUUCCCAGUGCAGAAUUCACCGCCUCUGCCUGAAGGAAGUUUUCAAGGAGGCAGUCAAAGUCUUUUCUUUUCCAUUCUGUUGAGUUUUCCUGUUGCUAAGUGGCCCUUCAUAUAAAAAAGUUCCUUACCCCUGAGACUCCCACUGUUCACUAAGCUUCUUUGAUUCCUCUAUUUGCUUUAAGAGUGGCUGGGGCAAACCAGUCAGAUGGGUGGGUUUCAAAUAAGAGUUUAUUGUUAUUAUUAUUAUUAUUAUUGUUGUUGUUGUUAUUAAAGUUAUACAGAUAACACCUCAAAGUAACAAAAUGUGUUAGCAUUCAUAAGAAGCAUUAUAAGUGAUUCUUGGGGGCCUUAAUGGUUACAUACUGAAGAUUUAUUGUAACUCCUUUGGUCUUCUGAUUCUGUCCACUAGAUUAAAGAGUCUGCUGAAAAAGUGGAGCUGGCUGGUGGUAGUAGAGCCAGUGGAGGAACCGAUAGAAAAGAGAGCAAACCUGUUCCUGGGAAGGCUCCAGCUCUUUCAGGGGCUGCAGGAGACAAAGAUACAAAAGAUAAUUCCAAAUCUGGUGCACAGAAAAAGGCACCUGCGGCUAAGGUAAGGGAAACUUAAUCAUUUUAAAUUUUGAGUAGACCUAUGUUAAUAUAAAUAACUAAUUUCAUGUUCACAAUGAGAAAGUACACAAGCUGCAUUGGCAAAUGAACAAAUAGGGAGCCAGAUGUUUUUCCCAGGGGAAGGGAGUGCUCUAUAUUGGGAGCUACAACAGAUAUUGGAACAUAUGGACAUAGACUGACUGCCCUUUAAUAAGUAUUGAUGUAAACUAUUUAGGGUAUUUAAGGGUAAUAACUGACACUUUGAAUUGUCAUCAAAAUAGAAUUUGUUUUGGUACAAAAAAGGGAAACCAUAGCUAUUGAAUUUUGCACCAAAUGAAGUAUCCAAAUGCAUCUUUGAAUACAGUCCCAAGGAAAGUUCAUUACAGUAUUCCAGAUGGUGCCUAUUGUCACGCAUACCUUAGUUGUGUUGAUAUGCCAUCAGCCUAAAACAUCACAUUUCGAUGGCUGAGAAUAUGGGAAAACCAGAAAUGUGAUGUAGACAGAUGCUAGUCUUUUGAGAAAAGGCAGUCUGGAAAAUGAGAAUCCCUUUCUUUUUUUACUUUUCACUCAAUUUCCUACCCUCAUCCCAACAGCUGGCAUGGUCAUCAUUUUAAAGCUUCAAUCCAAGCUUUGCUUGGAUUCAGAACUUGAUUCAGAACUUUUAAGUGACUUAACCUGCUGCUUUUUUCCUGUGUAGUCUGGUGGCCCACCCAAGAAGGGCAAGCAAGCUGCAGCUGGUGGGGCAGGAAGUACUGGAACAAAAGGCAAGAAAGGAUCUGAAGUAAAGGAGAUAUUUGAGCCAGAACUCUCGGUGGGUGCUUCAUCUGUGUUAAAAUUCAGUGUAAAAUUCUGUUUUUUUAAAAAAAUACCUGUUCAUAUUUUUUUUCCUGUGAAGGGUCAAAGCUCAGUAGUAGAGUGUCUGAUUUGCAUGCAGAAGGUCCUGGGUUCAGUCCCUAAUGGCAUCUCCCCAGAUAGGACUGGGAAAAGGCUUCUGGAGAGCUGUUGUCAGUCAGUGUAGACAGCACAGAGCUGGAUAGACAAAGAGGUUUGAUUUGGUACAAAAUAAUGUUCACAUUAUUUGAGUUGCUGUUAGGUGUAAACAUAGUGGUAUUUCCCUAGAAAAAGUCACAAAAUUAGCAAGGGCAGCCCCCCCCCCCUUUUUUUUAAGCCAGGUAUAAUACUUUUGUUCUGCAUCUAAAGAUCAAUGGGCUUAUGAACAUGCUGAAGAAGAAAGGGGGAGAGAACAUAAAGGGAUUAGAGAAGGCCAGAAUGGGAAUUGUUUGCUAAAUUACAUAGUAGUAGUAUUCAGGAUCAGUUGAAAUGUUCUAGCCAUUUGUGUGGACACCAGUUUUAGGACAUUUUAAAAGCAAUCUUGUAGUUUAUGCAUCUGCCUACCAUGGAUGUGAAAUGGCUUGGUUAUUCUUGGCCCAAAUAAAAGGGAAAGCAUCAGAUGUUUUAUAGCAGUCCUGCAAGGCACAAACCUAAAGUUUUUCUUAACUAAAGGAGUACACCACAAGUGCAGUUCAGUGUAGUGUUAAUUAUUACACCAUUUUGUACAGGUGCUCUCAUGGGUAUGGUUUUCUUUUUAAUUUAGGUCCCUUGGCUAUAUAAAAUAUGCUGCAGCACAAAAAUAAUCUACCAAAAUAAUAAUUUUUUCCUUUUCUCUUUUUGUUUGCAGAUAGAGGUAUGUGAAGAGAAGGCUUCAGCUGUCCUACCAGCUGCUUGCCUACAGCAGCUAGACAGUGGCAACUGGAAAGAAAGGCUUGCUUGCAUGGAAGAAUUUCAAAAGGUAAUCAAGAGUGUGGUCUUUUGGAAGUUAGCCUGAAUCAGAGAAGUGGUCUCUUGAGCUGUAUACACCACCUGCUCAUAGCUUUUGAAGUCCACUGAAACCCUUGGGCAUCAUACUAUGCUUCAUAACCUUCUGGACUAUCCCUUUCUUACUAAAUGCAGAGUUUGUUCUGAUGGGACAUGCAGACAUCUUUUUCGAAGCUAGAACACUAUUUCUGGGAAAUUGCAUUUCCCCCUCUAUCAAACAUCCUCUUCAAAUUCAUUAGCUAGUCUUGUAGCUUCACUGAUGGAGAGCUGUGAAUUGUUUCUUCCCCCACACCUUUGCUUAGGCUAUUUCAAAAACAGUUACAUUAUUGUUCUGUUUUGGUGUGUUAUUUCCUCUUGAGGCUGAGUAUUCCUUGCUUCUGCAGUCCAGCAAGUGCUUAUGAAGGGUUUAGGGCAACCAGUUUUGAAUCCCCAUAUGAUGUUGGUCCCAUCAUUCCUGCCCAUUGGUCACAUUGGCUAAGGAUGAUGGGAGUCCCAACAAUAAUUAUCUUCCUCUCUCCCCUGCCCACCCUUGGUAAUAUAUUGCUAUUCUAUGUUCUCCCCUUGAUAGCUGUGGAACACACAUCUCACCUGUUCAUGAAACCUUUAAACCAGCCCACACUGUUAGCUUUACAAAGAUGGAACCAAAGUGAUGGGGUUGUAUGGUGAAGAUUUGAUACAGUCUUCAUCUCAGUCAGCAUAUACAUUAUGUGUGUUUCAAAGUCAUUUUGACUUUCCCUUUCCUUAAGAUAACAAGGGGAAUGGGGGAGGAUAUUUAACCAAAACCUGGCUUAGAAUUCAAAAUCUCCAAAACAGAGAAGCUGCUUUUGAUAAUUUUCAUGUGAAACUUUUAAAAUUGAAAACUCCUCUUCCUACAAUGAAGGGAAUAAUAGAUACAUCUGUUGUUAAGAUAACAGAUUCUGUGGAUGCUAAAUGGAGGCCUGACUAUAACUUGAAAAAGAGUUCCCUAAUGAGUGCUGGAUUGUAUAAUGUUUCACAUUUUCUAGAAUUAAUUAUCAUCUUCUCCUACUCUUUAAGGCUGUUGAGCUGAUGGAUAGAACUGAAAUGCCUUGCCAGGCUCUGGUAAGGAUGUUGGCCAAGAAACCUGGAUGGAAAGAGACCAACUUUCAGGUAAAGCAACACUGUUGUGCUAUUAAUGCAGCUACUGCUAGGAAAAGCUGUAGCAUUAACUACUGUAAUCUUUUAUAGCAACUGAAGUCCAGCAAAAUUACAUUGGUGUUUAGGAAAACGUUGAGAACUAUUCUCUUCAGAAUAGUAUGCUGAAUCAACCAAAUCAGACCUGGGUACAUACAGCUAAAGCCACAAGGCAUGGGCUGAAGCUACAUUCACAUCCUUUAUUUUUCCUAUGCAGGUGAUGCAGAUAAAACUUCACAUAGUUGCUUUGAUUGCUCAGAAGGGAACCUUCUCCAAAACGUCUGCACAGAUUGUGCUGGAUGGUCUUGUGGAUAAGAUUGGUGAUGUGAAAUGUGGGAACAAUGCAAAAGAAGCGCUGACAGCAAUAGCGGAAGCAUGUCAGCUGCCUUGGACUGCUGAACAGGUAUGUGAAAGGCUAACAACAGUAUGAAACCAGUUUUUACAUGUUUAUUGGUCAUUUAUUUUAGUUAGUCUUACUGCCAUAUUCUUGUGGCUGCAUGAGUUCUAGCUGUAUUUUCAAAAGCAGUAAUUUAAUCAAAGCUCUCUUCAUGCAAUGUUAAUAGAAGCUUUUUGCUCCUCAGUUUUACAUUGUCCUCCUUUUGAGACUGAAUUACUGGGAGCAAGUUGCUGAUACCACAGGAGGGGAAAGUGCUCUUGAGCUCAGAAUCCCACUUGCUGGUUUCCCACAGGCAUCUGUUCGGCCACUGUGGGAAAAGAAUGCCGGCCUAGAUAAGCCAUUGGCCUCAUCCAACAGGCUCUUCCUAUGUGCUUAAGAUAAUUGCAACAAGUUUGUGUGGCCAUGUGCCAUAAACUGCCUUCCAACCUUUUUUGUCUCAUGGGCGGCUUAGGUGAAACUGUCAAAGGUGCCAUUACAAAAUGGUUGCUGCAGGAGUAUGGCUAGCCUCAAAAUGACUGGUUCAUGGGUAGACCUAGAUUGCUCUGUUUAUCCACCACCGUCACAUUCCCUGUACACAAAACAAAAGGCUUCUGCUUGCCAUGUGCAGCAGCAGAUAUCUUGUUAGCAACAGAACUGCCCCAUGCUGCCUCCUCUGACUCCCCCAAAAAGCCUUUUUGCAAAGCAUGGGCAGCAACCAGCCAGAUCACCAGGUUGGAGGGACAGGGUGGUGCGGAGGUGGGGGCCAGGUUUGUUAUCACCAGAGGAUAAAGCCCUGGGAAGAGGUCACUGCUUCAGAUUCUUCCAGCCCACUGCCCAGCUGAGCAAUGGCAGGUGCAGGAAGUCGAGAUUUUGUCAUUUGGCUAAUUUUCUUUGUAAGGCUUUAAAAAAUCCAGUUGAAGGGAGUGGAGUGCCUCUUGGGUGCUGUUUGCAGUCUCUGUAAGUGCCACUGCACCCAUAGGUAUUGUGUCUCUUUUAGAAGGUUGCAUGUUCCUGAUUUGUGGAGAUGGGUAAAGUCUUACGUUUUCAUUCUAGGUAAUGUCAAUGGCCUUUUCUCAGAAGAAUCCAAAGAACCAAUCGGAAACCUUGAAUUGGCUUUCAAAUGCAAUUAAAGAGUUUGGGUUUUCUGGGUAAGUUUCAAAAUACUAGACUAAAGAGCUUUAAUAUAGAGGAGCCAUUUGACUCAUAGAUCAAGCACUACAGUCAGUUAUUGUAUCAUUGGGCAUCACCUAAAAUGGGUGGAGAACCUCAGGCCUGAGAGCUGAAUAUGGCCCUCCCAUUUUCUCCAUCUGGCCCUCUGGACUCUCCUUCACCAGACUAGUGUUGAGUAUAUUUGUCUGGCUGAAAUGUGUCUUUCCAUCCCCCAUGUGAUAAUUCUUUGUUGUUUUCCUGGCAUUUCCAGCAGUCACUAGGAUAUUCUUGUUGGUGUUAUAUACCAUUAAUCUGGUAUAAUAUCAUUAUUUUAUAACAAUUUUCUUAAAUUCAGGCUUAAGGAGAACCUGUGGAAUUCCCUUUAAUAUUUGAAGACUCCAUCAUUACCCCAUGGUUUAUUAAGUUUCUAUAGCUAAAGAAUUUCUGGUUGGUUCCUGUAAUUCAGUUAAAGACUUACCUGGGUCAGAGAAACUAGAAUUAACUACAGGCUUAUCUAGAGAGAUUUAAGAUGGGUAAUAAUAGUCAAAUGAUGGUCAGAAAAGACACAUGGCCAAUAACUUUCUCUUUCUGAUUCUUGACAUCUAGCAUUUGAAAAGUAGUGACAGUAAGGUGAGGCAAUGUAGUUGUUCCAACUCUGAAAGAAAGUUGGAACAGGAAAGAGGUUUUUUUUCCCUUGCCCUACCUUCCAUUCUUUAGUUGGACUGACAUCUAGUCUUUCACUAAAAACUAAAUACAUUGGGCCUGUUUACCCACUAUUUCCCCUGUCCCACGUUUCCUGUAUAAUGUGCAAAUUCUCAGCAAGGAAGCUUCAAACCACCUGCCUCAGGAAAAUGAAACUAGUUCAGUUCUCAGGAUUAUUAAACACGUUUUCUUGUAGGUACCAUUUGAAUUGCAAUCCCAUUGUGAAAAUAGACAAAGUACCGUAUUUUUUGCUCUAUAAGACUCACUUUUCCCCUCCUAAAAAGUAAGGGGAAAUGUGUGUGCAUCUUAUGGAGCUGUUCUGGCUUCUGAGAUUCAGAAUAUUUUUUUUCUUGUUUUCCUCCUCCAAAAACUAGGUGCGCCUUGUGGUCUGGUGCAUCUUAUAGAGCGAAAAAUACGGUACAUUGUGUAAAUAAGAGCUGAACAGAAAACUAGAGAUUUAAAUUCCAUAGCAGUUGCUGCUUACAAAUUGUUCCAAAGCAAACAAGUAGCUGUCCCGUAUCUUGCUACUUUAUAUGCAUUGUUGUGCUGCUUUCAUCUAAUCUGUGUGUCCCCCCUCCCACCAGAUUGAAUGUAAAGGCUUUUAUCAGCAACGUUAAGACUGCUCUUGCCGCUACAAAUCCUGUGAGUAAACUUCUCUUCAAACUUCAGUUCUAAAUACAGUCUGAAUGGUUGAAAUUGAGCCUUUCUUUUUCCUAUUUGACAGGCGGUGAGAACAUCUGCAAUUACCUUAUUAGGUGUCAUGUAUCUGUACGUGGGGCCCCCCUUGCGGAUGUUCUUCGAGGAUGAGAAACCUGCUCUUCUUUCCCAAAUAGAUGCUGAGUUUGAAAAAGUAAGCUUCUUCCGAAGUGCUGCAAAUGAUUGUAUUCAGCAGCUUAUUGCACCAAUUUAGGAGCCUUAGCUUGUGCGACUUUCAGUUAAGAUACAGUGUUGUGCAAGCAUGUGAACCAAGAUGAUGUGACUGUCUAACCACUGCUGACACCCACCCCCCAAAUAUGCAUUCUCAUUUGACUUUUCAGAUGCAAGGACAAACAACACCUGCUCCAACUCGAGGCAAUACCAGACACGUGGCUGGCAGUGGAGAUGAUGGGGAGGAAGGAGAUGAACAAGAGGAUGCAGGAAAUGAUGUUGUGGAUCUCUUGCCAAGAACUGAUAUCAGGUUUGUAUGGCUUUGGCAUGCCGAGGACAAUUUUUAUAGCUACAACUUCAACAUGCAAAUUUAUAGUUACUCAUCUGUAAGCUACCGUAUUUUUCGCUCCAUAGGACGCACUUUUUCCCCUCCAAAAAUGAAGGGGAAAUGUGUGCGUCCUAUGGAGCGAAUGCCGGCUGUCGCUGAAGCCGGGAGAGCGCGCGGCGUCGGUGCGCACCGACACCUCUCGCUCUUCAGGCUCCAGGAAGCUAUCUGCAAGCCUUGCGCACCCGGGGGGAGUUCCCCUGGGCACUCAAGGCUUGCGGGCAGCAGCCUGCUGCGCGAAGCACGGGGCAUCCUCCGGAGGGCGCCCCGUGCUUCCCGCAGGUGUCGGCAAGCCUUGCGCACCCGGGGGAUCUCCCCGGGAGCGCAAGGCUUGCGGGCGGCAGCCUGCAGAGCGGAGCACGGGGCGCCCUCGGAGGACGUCCCGUGCCCGCGCAGGUGUCCGCAAGCCUUGCGCACCCGGGGAUCUCCCCGGGAGCGCAAGGCUUGCGGGCGGCAGUCUGCUGCGCGGAGCACGGGGCGCCCUCCGGAGGACGCCCGUGCUUCGCGCAGGGGUCGGCAACCCUUGCCCACCCGGGGGAUCACCCCCCGGGAGCGCAAGGCUUGCGGGCGGCAGCCUGCAGAGCGGAGCACGGGGCGCCCUCGGAGGACGUCCCGUGCUCGCGCAGGUGUCCGCAAGCCUUGCGCACCCGGGGGAUAUCCCCCGGGAGCGCAAGGCUUGCGGGCGGCAGUCUGCUGCGCGGAGCACGGGGCGCCCUCCGGAGGACGCCCCGUGCUUCGCGCAGGUGUCGGCAAGCCUUGCGCGCCCGGCGCGUGGGGCGCCCUGAAGCAGAGCGCCCCUCACGCCGGGCAGACAUCGGCCAGCCCCACAAGCUCGGGGGACAACGGGGAGGCGCAGCGCCGCCAUCCCACUGUUCCCCGAUCUGGUUUUGGGGGGGGAAAUAAAGGAAAAAAUUUUUUCCUUUAUUUUCCCCCCAAAAAAGUAGGUGCGUCCUAUGGGACGGAGCGUCCUAUGGAACGAAAAAUACGGUAUGUUGUAAAUUUGUAUUCUCUGUGUGCACUGUUAAGAUACUUAUAAUGUAUUUCAUCUUGUUUAACAGAAACUAUAAUCUGAAGUGCUAACUCUUCCUCUUCUUUUUAGUGAUAAGAUCACAUCUGAAUUAGUGUCUAAGAUUGGUGAUAAAAACUGGAAAAUCCGAAAGGAGGGUCUGGAUGAAGUAACAAGCAUAAUUAAUGAAGCCAAAUUCAUACAGCCAAACAUAGGCGAACUUGCACCUGCACUGAAGAGUCGUCUUAAUGAUUCCAAUAAAAUCCUGGUAGGUUAUGUUGUAGAAUUGAAAAUAAACUUUUUGUAGUCUGUCAUCUUUCAGUUAUGAAUACCAGUUUCAUUUAAAUCUUUCAUGGAGGAUUGAAAUGACAGUGUUAUCUAGUAUGACAUUUUAAUGCAAUUUAAUCCCUUUCCUACAAUAAGGAGCUCUAGAGUUCUACAAUUGCUAGUUUGUCUAUUGAUGUGGAUGUUCUUUUGGCAUGAGCAGUGGAAAUGGUACAGCUAUAAAUAUACUCUGUGCACCUCAGAGAACCUGCUCUGUUGCUGUCAAAGCAGAGGAAAUGCACUAUACUACUGAAAGCACAACAUUAGUACAAUUGAGCUUUGUUAAUCCCUUUGUUGCACAUGCUCCAAAGCACAGCUGGGCAGAUUUCAUAACUCCCUGUUAAUGGUGCUUCUGUUUGUCCUGAAAGUCCACUACAGAUGAUCAUGGUUCUGUGAUUUGAAACAAAUGCAAAUUUAAAUUACAACACUCCUUUGAUUAUAAAUGCCCAUAAAAUAUGUGUGUUUGUAGCUUUCCCUACAGUUGCACAUGCCGUUUUCCAUGUAUACACAGCUGUUUUCCAGUGUGUGGACAGUAAUUUAAUUAUUUUGUUACUUUUUCUGCUUCUUAUCUAUCAAAAACAACAACAACAACAACAACAAGUCUGUCUAAACGGGCAUCUGUUUGCAACCAAGUUCCAUAUGCAAGAAACUGCCUAGACUGCUUGGUUUUGUACUUGCUUGGAAUAGGCCUUACACUUAAAUCAGUCUUUGGGGAAGCCAGAAUGGGCUCACCACCCUAUGAUAUGAUCGUUGCUGGUUUUUAAAGUGACCUGUCUUUAAGGACCCUGAAUUGCAUAGCUCCCUGGCUUAAUUGGAGAGAGACUGACGGAGGCAACAAUUAAGAAAGAAUACUUGUGAGAAAGUACCUGAACUCUGUGUUUUACUGUUGUGAACACACACACACACAGAGAGAGAGAGAGAGAGAGAGAGAGAGAGAGAGAGAGAAGGCAAUAUUGCUUGAAGGCAAUAAAGAGAGGGAAUGCUAACCAUUCCGCAAUGCUUGAUUGGAACCAGUAUCCCACAACUGAUCAGAAAAAACCUACAGUGGUACCUCUAGUUACGAACUUAAUUCGUUCCAGAGGUCUGUUCUUAACCUGAAACUGUUCUUAACUAGAGGCGGGCUUUUGCUAAUGGGGCCUCUUGCUGCUGCUGCGCCGCCGGCACACAAUUUCCGUUCUCAUCCUGGGGCAAAGUUCUCAACUCGAGGUAACUCUUCCAGGUUAGUGGAGUUUGUAACCUGAAACGUUUGUAACCUGAGGUGUUUGUAACUCGAGGUACCACUGUAUUUCUAUAUAGAUUCACAAUUCUGCUGGCUUUUAUUGUAAGGGUGCCUGUACUAUCCAGUCAUUUGACCAGCAUAGGAUCGCCAAAUGGCUUAAAACCUUAAAGUUCCAAAGGUCCCUUGUUCACUUCACUUCAAAUAAUCUAGAAUGUGGCAGACCUACAUGGCUUUAGAUUCCUCAGUUCCUCCUUUCUCCUAUGUAGUCAUCCAAGGAGAAAAACAGUUCACAGAGAGAGCAAGAGAUAUGGUCCUACCUCUCUUUAAAACCUAAAAAUCUUGGUUAUCAGAGCUCCACAGCCUUGUGCAAAUCAUGAUGACAUAAAGCCCUGGAGUAAUCUAAGCACCUUUCUGCUAGUAACACUUCAGUUAAGAAUCCCAGGAAAACGCCCCCCCCGUGUGUGUGUGUGUGUGUGUGUGUGUGAGAGAGAGAGAGAGAGAGAGAGAGAACAAUUGAUAGGAUUGACACCCAGGGAAGUAAACAUACAUCAACAUUUCCAAAUUCCUCUUUUUCUGAUGUUUAGGCUGCAAGUGUUUACAUAGCAAAAAAAAAACUGCAUGCAAGAGGGAAAUGUUGGAACCUCAGGGUUUGCAUAACUGCAAGAAUUUUGGGGGGGGGGUCACAAAGGGGAUGGUACCCCCAAAUCAGCUGAAUGAGGAUGGAGCAUCCAAAGUAUCCACAGAAUACUGAUUCAUCGCAGAAAAUCAAGAGAAGGGAUUGAAUGUUGUCACUGGGAAUGUGAAUAGUAGCACUCCACAAUGCAACAUUUUAUUAUCUACAAGUCAGAACGUACUGCUUCACAAGCUUCUGAAAAAGAGAGAUAUGACACACUGGAUCAUUAAAAUGGCCAGAGCAGGUAGACUAAGUCAAUUUCAGAGUUAAAGUUCAUGUGUUUCUUCUGUUUCCAGGUGCAGCAAACCCUGACCAUCCUUCAACAACUUGCUACUGCUAUGGGCCCAAAUAUCAAGCAACAUGUGAAAAACCUGGGCAUUCCCAUUGUCACAAUUCUGGGAGACAGUAAGGUAGACUCACAUAUUUCUCAGUACAGCCUGUAGGAAUGAAGGCUAUUUGAGACCAAAAUCACCUUGUUUCUUGUUUGAAUAUGACCUCAUUUAACACUGACAUAUACCGCUGUCCCUUAUUAAAGUUACUGUCCUCCUCCUCCUCUCUGUAACCACCAGUGUUGUGUGGUGUUGGGGAGCUGGGAAAGCAGUGUGGCCUUAUUAGCUGUGCAGAAAGAGUGUGGGGUGGACACACCCACCACUGGCAUGCAGCGCUUCUAAUAUUGGAUAGCAUUAGUAUAGUCAGGAUUCAAAGUUUUGUGUCUCUGUUGUGGGAAAUGUACACUUUUUUGUAUGUGCUGUAAUUUCCACGUCAAGAAAGAGGUGUAAGUUGAAUAUUUCACUGAGUUCAGGUGCUGUCUGUCCACAAAACACUGAGGUGUUUUGAUAGGUCACAUUAGCACUAAACCUCAUUUGACAUGCACCAUGGUUCCUCGUUCAGCAAGUGAUUAGUGCAUGGAAGCUGAGUGUGAGGGUGAGAAGGUUUGAGGUCAGUUAGGUAAGAGCGGGGAGUACAAGGAAGGCUAAAUUCCUUUCCUUCUCCCUCCAAAAUGAUUUUGUAAGUAUCAUACACAAAUGUGUUAGACAGGUAGGAACUCCUUAUAAAAGUCAUGGAAUCUUUUAAUGGGUUUCCACUUCGGCCUGUAUAGUAAGAAUCCAUUGUUCCCUGACCCUUGCAGUCUUUCAAGCAAUCUGCGUACUGUAAUAAAAGUACCUUUAAUGGGAAACACGGGGGGGGGAGAGAAAUAUUUGCAAAAAGACCCCCAAACCUUGCUCUGUUGAUUUUCUUACCGCUGCUGAAGUUUAGCAUGUGUAAAUCUUGUUUUUUUUCUUCAGAGUAAUGUCCGAGCAGCUUCUCUAACAACUGUGAAUGCCUGGAUAGAGCAGACAGGCAUGAAAGAGUGGUUGGAAGGGGAGGACCUUUCUGAAGAGCUCAAGAAGGAGAAUCCUUUCCUAAGGCAAGAGGUAAAAGAUUGUUCCAUGUAAAUGAACUUUGCAUUUAUCCUUUGUCAAGAGAAACGUGAGAAAAGCUACUUUAUAUUAUGUCAAAUUAGGUAGGUAAAUUAUUUAUAUAUGUAAUGUAGUGAAAUGAGGCCUUUCUUUGUAAUGUACUUUUGGAUGCUCCAGUUCCUUUUAGUGUCCCAAGUGGCAAGUAUCAAGUAGGAAUUUUCUGAAGCAGUUUGAGGGUUCAUUAUUUUGUUCUUGAACAAACUGUAAACUUGUACCAACAACUAUUGUGUCUCCUGCGCACACCUGAACUCUCUGCAGCUCAUUUCGAGAGAGGGGGAACAGAAGUGGAGGCCUUGCUCUGUGAAUGGAAGUCUGUUCCCCUCAAGUGAGCAGGAGUAAGCCAGGCAAGAGUGGAUUAUUCCCCUAAACCAGCUACACCAGACAAGAUCACAACACACAGUAAUAGUGAUGAAUAUCUCAGCAAUACCUUUCUCUCCCCUUUAGCAGUUACUUUUACCCCUCACUGCAGUUUCAGUCAUGCAUGUUCAUAUCUUCUGAACUGGGAGCAGGAUAUUCCUGUGACCACAACUAAAUAAACUGUGUCAUCAUUUGGUUGUUACAUUUGGGAAAUGUUCUGUAGGACAUGGAAUAAGAUUUCUGGAACCUUCUGAAAACAUUGGAUCGGCAGAAAAUGAGUGUACUUAUGUCUAUAAGCAGGGAUUCCUGUUUAUAUCCAAGGUGUAUUGCUUUCUGCAGAAUUAAGGGAUCUUCUUUCUUUUCUCCCAGCUUUUAGGUUGGCUGGCUGAUAAGCUCCCCACUCUCCGCUCUGUUCCAUCAGACUUGGUUUUAUGUGUGCCUCACCUAUACUCUUGCCUUGAAGAUCGAAAUGGAGAUGUCCGUAAAAAGGCACAAGAUGCUCUGCCAUUCUUUAUGAUGCAUCUAGGCUUUGAGAAGAUGGCCAAAGCCACUGGCAAGCUUAAGGUAUAGCAAACAAACAAAAUAGCUGAGUACAAAUGGGGUGUGUGUGUGUACAUCUGCACAUAUAUCUCUCUGUGUGUAACAUCAUGAUUUGCUUUAUGGGAAAUUAAACAAUGGAGAAAAUGUAGUUCAGGAGUAGAGCAUUUGUUUUACAUGCCAAAGUCUUGAGAUCAACCCCUGGUUUCUCCAGGUAGAGCUGGGAAAGAAUUCUCUCUGAAAACCUGGUGUCAAUAUAACCAAUAUUGAGCUAGCUGGACAGAUUUUCUGAUUCUGUAUAAGGCAACUUAUAAAACUGCAAAUUAACAACUUUGUACAUUGGAUGAAGUAUAUUCACAAUAUCAUUGGUACUAGGAAUGUGAUCACUAUCUUCUUUCAACUAUGUUGACCCCCAGAUGACUGUUAAGAAAAAACUAUUUUCCAUGUAUGUAGUGACUUGCAAAAUAGGAGGCAUGUGCCAUUAGGUGCCUUUUAAAUUCUUUCUUUUGCUUUCUAGCCAACUUCCAAAGACCAAGUACUGGCCAUGCUUGAAAAAGCCAAAGCUAAUAUGCCUGCCAAACCUGCUCCACUUUCCAAGGCAUCUUCCAGAGCAGUAGGAGCUGCUGCAGCCAAAUCUCAAGUUGCAUCAGGUAAUCUUUCUUCAUUCCAUUGACAUCCCACAUUGAGCAAACCUGUAUUUUAAGAGAAAUAGAGGUUCUAUUAUAUUUAUAAGCCAGGUGUGUCUACAGAUAGACACUGCAAAAUCUAGGAGAUUAUAAACAGGAUCCUACUGAAGUUCCUUGGAUCUAUAGCAUAGAAGCCUGUAAUCACAAUCUUAUGGUCAUGAUGUACUGUGUGAGCAAGGAGCAGUCAUUUUAAGCAUAUUGGUUGUAAGUUUAGACCUAUCUGAAUUAUUUCCACAGUGGUUUCACAUUGAAUAAAAUGGAAAAGGCUUUAGUUUUUCGCCUAUCAUGUUUCUUUCCAUAGUAUCGGAACAAAAGACGGGAGACUUAAAAGUGGCUUGGUCCUAUGUUACUCUCAGAAUAUGUGUAAUUUGCAGGAGGUCUGUUGGGGUCAAUUGACAAGAACAAUUUCUUUGCCUAUCUUGGAAUACUAGCUGAGUAAGCCAACACUAAAGGAAUGGUGCCCCCCCCCUUUGUAUAUAUAAGGAACAUUAAGUGUAGAGCAACUCUAAGCACUCAAUCAAUCUUAGAUACUUCUGGAUUUACAAUUUGCUGCAAGAACCAGACAAAUAAAAGUUUAUAUUUUGUCUUGGUGAUGGUUUCCUUCCUAAUAAGAACCAAAUUAAUGCCUGGAUUCAAAAAGGUACUUCUCAAGGGUUUGAGUAUGUCUAGUGUGGAUUAAAGAGUGUGCAUUCUUUGAGCAGGAGACAUAUUUUUCAUAUGUCUAAGAAAGGUGAUGUAAAAAUUCUGACAUAAACAGAACAUUGCAAAGCAUUUGUGAACGUUGCUUUUAAAAGUAGUUUGCAAUGUGACGUGGUGCAAGCUGAAAUCUGCUUUAUGUGGGGGGAACUUGUUGCAUGCUGGGUGUGUUUCCAGCCUUAUUGUGUAGUUAAAAUUAUGUUGAUCUGAAGGUUCUAGUGAAGAUUAUUCGUCCAGCACCAUGGAGUCCAAGGCUGAUGCCAAAAAAGCCAAAGCAGGAGGAACAGCCCCCAAAUCCAAGGUAAAUACUACUUGAGCACAAAAGUAGUGGUUGAAGUCUAGGAAGUUUCAUUGUGUUUGUGUAUACUUUACAUUUAGUGUAAACUAUAUGGAGAUUUGAUAAUUAAGAAGGUUAGCAAAAUAAACAGUUUUGUGGUAAUAAUGUGCUCUCUGUCUGGAGCAAAAUCUCAAAAUAUAUUGAGGGUGGGGUUUGUUUUAAAAGGGGGGGGGAGGACUGGGUAGCUGGGAUAGCCAGAGUUUUUGAAGAGCCACUACUAGGAAUAAUAGAUAUUAUUGGACUGAAAGGGACCCAUCUGAUUCCAUGUUAGGCCAGAUUUGUAUGCCCAUUUACGUCCAUACUACUUUUAGGAGCUGCUUAUUGCGAGUGAUGGGAGCUCAAGUUGGUGGGCAGAGCCAGAACUGAUGGUGGAGCACUUUUUCGCUCUGUCUCUGCUGCCACCAUCACUCUCUUCCUCUUCCUACCCUGCAGCAGCACUCAAGUAACCUUUCCCCCCUAAGCCUAGUGCUUCCCCUCCUCACCCCACCCUGUAGUAAUGAGAAUAAACAAUGAGUGAGAGAAUGGGAAUUUUAUCUCCAAGUACAAUUGCCAUGACAGGGAGGGUGAUUUGGAAGUGGGGAGAAGGAUGGUGGUGCACAGGGAAGGUUUAAUCCUCCCUUCCCUGUUAGGCAGUUAGGGUUUUAAAAAGUCCCAUUUACACAAAUAGGUCCUUUUUUCUAAACCUAAUUGCCACGAGGAGCUGAGGAGAGGAGUCUGUGGGCUGGCUGUUCCCCAGUCUUACCUUUAGAUGCAUUGUAGUUCCUAUUUGGAGUUUGUAAGCAAGUACAGCAGGCUUGCACAUAACAAAGAAUGGUCCAUAUUUACCUUAAGCAGCACUCAGAGGGAUUAAAAAUAUUGCUGAUGUGGCAUACACCAGAAAUAUAAUGGUAUGAUUUGGAGCCUGCUAUUAACCACUGAGCAUUUUAUGACUUAUUUCAGCAUUCUGAUGCUAAUACAAGCCUCACCAAAGGCAAUAGCAAUCUGACAAAGAACAAGCCUACCAAACAGGUAAUAAGUGGGUAUCACCUGUGACUAGUGCACUGACCUGGAAGGAAAUCUUGCUACACUAAAAAUCUAUGCACUAUGGUGGGCUUCUUCUUCAUAGUACUAAAAUAUACACCUGAAGGCUUCAGCACACAUUUUAACACAACUUAUGAGUGGGCAAUCUCUUUCUCCUGCAUGCUAGCGGGAUAGUGUUUCUUCUGCUGAGUAAAACAUACUUGGAGUGCAGUGCUACACUAUCUGCUCAGAAGUACGUGCUGUUGAGUUCAAUGUAGCUUACUCCAAGGUAAUUGUGUAGGAUUGCAACAUAGGAGAUUGCAAUUUUGAAAGAGUGUAUUCAGUGUUGUGGUUUUUUUAGGGUAUACAGGGGAAGAAAGUACCAAGUAAAUCCAACUUGAAGGAUGAUGAUGACCGAUCUGGUCCAGUUUUUAUCUUAGUACCAAAUGGGAAAGAGCAAAGGAUGAAAGAUGAAAAAGGAUUAAAGGUGAGAGAAAUUAACAACCUCUGAUUUCUAGGACUCUGCUGGAACUUUGAUACAGAACCUGUUACUCGGUCUUUAGGUAUCUGCGUAAGGAUGUUUGGCAAGAGUUAUAAGAGUGCUUUUGCAGAUAAUAGUAUUUCUACAUACAAAUAUUAUUGUCUGCAAAAGCACUCUUAUAACCCUUCCCAAACAUCCUUACGCAGAUACCUAAAGUUAGCAGUAGCAGAUACCUAACUGCUGUAAGUUAAAUGCUAUUCAUUUUAGGAGUAACCUGUUAAUGCUUUUUCAUUUAAAAAAACACAGCUGUGUUUUCCACACAAAAGUGCUAGAGAGGAAACAUAUGAGCUUGAUGCUUACUGCUUGUUUGUAUAGCACUAAACUAUGGUUGCUGGUUAGGCAGGUUUUGGGUUUUUUUAGGCGGUAACUACUGCACUUUGUGGUAGAGGACUGCUUUACCCUACCACAAAGUGUUAUGGCUAGAGUGGCCAACGUUGCUUUUUUCCUCCUUUUCUUGCUGUGUGGGCCACUCUAGCUGCACCACAAGAGUGGUCUGCAUGUCAAGUAAAUGGCCGCUCUAGUCACGCCACUUUGUGGAAGAUCCACUUUGGCGGGUCUUGCCAAAAUGCCUCUGGGGGCGGGAAGCAGCGGUGGGGGAGGGGGUGCAUACCAGCACCGCCUUUUUUCAAAUAAAGCACUGUUAUUAAGUAUGAAAUAGGUCAAUGCAAUUGCCGUAGGUUCAGUCUAAUCCACUUCAAAGGUUAUUGUGAGGGUAAAAUAAUGCUGUAAUAGGAAUUGAAACAAAAUUUAUUGUAUCCAUAUUUAAGUGAACAGAUACAUUUGUGAAGGAAAAUAUUUUCCCUCUCCCAACAUUAAUUCCUUUUGAUAUCUAUAUAAUUAGAAGACAGGUACUAUUUACAUAUUUUUUAACCUAAACCAUCUAACACCAGAUGUGUUACCAACCAGAUAAAUCAUUAUAGGUAUAUUUUCUUUAAAAGAAGCAAUCUCCCUCUCCCCUUCCUAACCUUGAGGUGAUUUUUUUAGGUUCAGGGACUGAAGUUAAUGCUGUUCACACCUUCUCUUGAGCAGGGUGCUGAUACUGUUUUCCUCCCUCGCAGGUUUUGAAAUGGAACUUUACUACUCCUCGUGAUGAAUAUAUUGAGCAACUGAAGACUCAGAUGUCCAGCUGUGUUGCCAAGUGGUUGCAAGAUGAGAUGUUCCAUGCAGAUUUUCAGCACCACAACAAAGCUAUUGCUGUUAUGGUUGAGGUGAGAAGACUGUAUUUGUGGUUGUAGAUGAAGAAUUAUAGUAGCAACAUUGGUGGUGAAAAGUAUAAAGGAGGUUUCCCAGAGCAUGCAAGCUUUGGAAACUCCCUGUUCAAUGCAGAGCCCUACAUUAUAGUCUCGUAAGAAUAGGGCAAUUAGUAUCAGCCUCCCAGUUUUCUCAUCUAGGCCUUGUGCAACAGGUGUAUACAGUGAAGCUAAUUAUAGGAGCCGACGCAAGUAGCUAUUAUGCAUGUGCGGGCCAGCCAUCUUUCAGUGUCUGGUACCAGGAAAGUUUCCGAGUUAUUGUUUGGCUUGUCAGAUGACUCUUUAAUUUUAUUUUAAGUGCUGCCUAUUUGUCCGAACUUGACACUGCAAUUUGCUUUUUCUUCUAGCACUUGGAUAGUGAAAGGGAUGGAGUGAUCAGCUGUCUGGAUCUAAUCCUGAAGUGGCUCACACUGCGAUUCUUUGACACCAACACAAGUGUCCUGAUGAAGGUCCUGGAGUACCUCAAGCUGCUUUUUGCCAUGCUGAACCAAGAAGAGUACCAUCUAACUGAAAAUGAGGCCACCUCCUUCAUCCCCUACCUUGUUUUGAAGGUAUCCAAAUCUGGCAAAAGUUUUUGAGUCAUGUCGCUCACAAAAUACACUAAGCCCACCUUUCUCUGGAGCCUGCAGAACCAGAACUGGAAAACAGUUACCAUUCUAGCCAGUAGGAAUGAGUAUUCCAAUUUCCAUCAGUUCUGCCUUUCAUGGCGUUUCCCACUCAGGGGGAAUAUGAACCUUUCUCCCUCCUUGCUGUAUCCAGUGGUCCAAACACCCAGGGUGUUCUUUUUUUUAAUGGAUUUUUUACAACUCGUAUAUACAUCAUACAAUAUCCAUCAUUUAUCCCUUAUCCUCAUACUUCCCAGUAUUCUUUUUCCCCAGUCACUGGAAGGCACAAUGUUUGAGAGAAAGACUUGGCUGGGGUGGACUAGGAGCCAGCUCCCUCCAGAAUAACCAUACUAAUGGCUUCUUCCAGCUUCUGUAAAUCUGCAAAUAUUUCCUCCUCACCUUCCAGGUUGGGGAACCAAAAGAUGUUAUCCGCAGAGAUGUGCGUGCCAUUCUAAACAGGAUGUGCCUUGUCUACCCAGCCAGCAAGAUGUUCACUUUUAUCAUGGAGGGAACAAAGUCAAAGAACUCAAAACAGCGGGCAGGUGAGAUGCUUUAGCACAGAGGUUUCCAAACUUUUCAUAUUGGUGACACACUUUUUAGACAUUCAUUAUUUAAUGACACAGUAAUUCACUUUUACUAUCAAAUCAGAGGUUAAACUAACCCCUUUCCAGCCCUGGGAGAAGUGCGAGGAUCAUUCGUGCAGCACACCUACACACUGCAGCUGACACAUUCAAUGUGUUGUGACAUAGUUUGGAAAGCUCUGUUUUAGCAGAAGCUGUUGGUCACUAAAAUGCACUGCAGAUUAGGAUAUUAAGUUUACAGAAACAAAGCCUUGUGGUCCCUUAUACUACAAUAAUUACGGCAUAAGAUUUUGUGGACUUGAAUCCAUUUCAACAUAGGAAGCUGCCUUAUGCCAUUGGCCCACCUAACUCAUUAUUGUCUACCUUGAGGGAUGGCUAAUGCAUUGCCCUCCAGAUGUUGCUGUACUAAAGCUCCCAUCAUACCUGACCAUUGCCAAUGCUGGCUGGAGCUGAUGAGAACUGUAAUCCAAUAGUAUCUAAAAGGGACCACAUUGGCUACCCUGGUCGACACUGACUGGCAACAGUUCUCCAUGAUUUCAGGAAGGUGCAUCCUGAUGCCAGGAUAUCCUGGCAUUUGUAAGCUAAUUUUCACCCAUUAUGCAAUUUUUACAAAAAUCAUUAUUUCUAUUCAGCUAAAGGAAACUGAGGUUCUUGAUGAGUUGUAAUUCAGAGGCUUUAUGCCGGAGUUUUGGAUUAAGUUUUUCAAGCAGUGCUUUCUUGAAAACUUUUAAGCAAAUGAAUGAAGAAUGUGAACUAGCAAAUACUUAAUUCUGGUUUACUCAGCAUUCUUGAAGACAAAGGAUUGCAUCCAUUUUUCUUCAUAUACACAGUAGAGCAAUUGAAAGUAAUGUACAUUUGCUAACUAACAUAGGUCUAUUAAUUUAAUAGAUUUUGUAACUUAGUUGGAUACUACUCUACCUUUCCCUUGCAAACACAUGGGGUUCAUAAAAUUACUAUAAAAGAUUCUAUUUUUAUUCAUAAUAAAUCAGAUUUAGAAUAUACAAAAGCAUCAACAAGUAUUUUGUAAACCAAAUGGGUGCAGCCUUUUGUUUUCAUAGAUGUCCAUUUCUGUUUGGUUUCUCUGUAGAAUGCUUGGAAGAGCUGGGAUGUCUUGUUGAAUCAUACGGCAUGAAUGUGUGCCAGCCAACUCCAGGCAAAGUCUUAAAGGAAAUUGCCAUUCAUAUUGGUGACAGGGACAACACUGUCAGAAAUGCUGCACUCAACACCAUUGUAACAGUUUACAAUGUUCAUGGAGACCAAGUGUUCAAGCAGAUUGGAAAUGUGAGUAAACCGAAAUGGACAGGCAAUAUUUAAAAUAUUGAACGUUUAGUAUGUGUCACUCAGGUAAUGUCAUGAAUGGAUAGUCAGGUUCCUCAGGUCAGUUGCGAUUAAUGUUGAAUGCUCUGUUUGAGUGUCGAGAACAAAUAUACUUCUUUUUUUUAAAUGAUGAAUUCUGAACUCUAGAACAGUUAUGAAUUGUGAAGCAGGAGUAGGUGCUGUCUUCCUUGUAAGGAAUGUGUAUUUAUAAACAGCAACAUACAAAAGCAGUUUGGCUUCUCUGUUUGCUUUGAGCCUUGUAAUUCAAAAUACUUUAGGACUAUUAGAGCAGGGAGGAGCUGAAGGUAAUUGCAUUAGUCAAAGGAGAAGGCACAUACAAGCCACUCAUCCUCAUCUCACAAACUGGCCGUGGCAUACUGAUACAGUGAGACAGCUUGAGACACAAAGCGGAAGCACAUAAUAUAUUCCAUGAUUCUUGUCGGCAUUGAGAGGUGCACUGGGAGUAAUAGGAGCACCCGGAAUGCACCAUAGGUAACUGCAACGCAAAGAGAAUAGGUUGGUUUCCAAAACUGACAAGGAAUUUGGGGAAGCGAUAGCCCCUUUGUUUUAUUACAUAGUUGUGCAUAUAGGAGAAAAUAAAGUUGCUCUCAGAUCUUAUUGAAAAGUAGCUUCACAUGGUUAUCCUCUGAGGUGCCAUUUGAUAGAGAGGCUGGGGUGCACUUGCCUACAGGAAACUAGAGGAGGAAGUUCCCAGGGGAAAUGACCGCCUUCAGUCUUUGGUUCCUUUUAGUCCAUAACCACUCUUUUGAUUCCUAAUCUGGAUUAUAUGGGAGGCAAUGAAGCUUUGGCUUUUCCUUCCUUCAUGAAUACCUGAUUUCUCUAAUUCCAUCAAAUUAUUCAUAAAUAGAUGUUGCUUUUUCAGUGGUUCAAACUGUAUAAUUCUUCACUAAGCAAGUAUUAUUGGAAUCAUAUUUUUUCCCCAAAAUUGCUGCUUCUCCAAAUUCCUUUAGCCUGUUUCCCAAACUGGACUAUGUUUCCUUCACAGUGCUAUAGAGGGUGGUGUUGUGUUGGUAUUUUAUUUAAUUAAAUGCCAGAUUCUGCCUGUUCCUACUUGAUGCUUGAAGGAAUUUUGGUACACUUUAUAACUAAACAGGCAGUACAGCAGUAGGCAUAAUUGCUGAGUACAGGAACUAGGCUAAGGGGUGGGGUUAGCUGUAUUGUAAGUCUAGUAGUACACAGGAACAGCAAAGGUUUUGAAACACUCUUAAUGGCAUUGGAGUCUGAACUAAGGAGCAUACCUGUCAUGGCACUGAAAAGUUGCUGCUCUUGUACAGCUUUCGGAGAAAGACAUGAGCAUGUUGGAGGAGCGAAUAAAGCGGUCUGCUAAGAGGCCAAAUGCCACUUCAGCAAAGCAGGUAGAAGAGAAACCACAGAGGGCUCAGAGUGCCAGUGCCAAUGCUAACAUGCUGAGGAAAGGACCAGCUGAAGACAUGUCUUCCAAACUCAAGUAUGUAAAGUGGGAAAAUGCAAUGUUUGCCUGACAUUUCCACAGUCUGUGCAAAAAGCAUACCUUGCUGUUGCCUUGUGUUUUUGUCUUUUGUUUUAAUCAUCUAUGUCUGCAUGUGUCGCAAACUGCAAAAAAAUGCUGCAAAUCAAAAUGUUUGAACCUUACUUCAUUUGUUUUGUCGUGUCUUGAAUGCUUUCUAAAUGGUAUUGUGCCUUUUUUCACUGCUUCUCCAUGGACAGAAUUAUGUAUCGCACUUAUAGGAUGUAAGUACUGACCACUAAAUCCUUGGUAGCAGGGCUCUUAUAGCUUUGUCUUACCUUUCCCAUGCCCUAAUCCUAAACAUACUUGAGAAUAAGUCCCAUUGAUUUCAAUGCAACAAUUCAUAUUAAGUGUGCUGUUUGGGAAGCCUGGCUUCAAGUUCCAUCUUUGCUGUCAAAAUCAUUGAGUGGUGUCAGGCAGGUUGCUGUUUCUUGGCUAUGUUUUUGUUUUUUUAAAAUAAUACUGAUAAAGUGGCUUACCUCUCAGCUGUAAAAGAGCUAAACUUUGGAAUUUUCAGGAAUCUGACUAGUGUCAGCAGGGAUACAUUGUAAGACCAGAUUGCUUUAACCCUUCCAGUCUUGAGUCACUGGUAGAAGAUUUGAGAUACCUGGAGCCCGAUCAGCAUCAAAUGUAAUGCAACAGCUAUUAUUUGGGAAGCUCAUAUAAGGAAGCUCAUAUAAGGAAAUUAAGAAGUAAAUCUAAGCUUAAAACCACUUCUGGAAAUGGAACGCUUCUUGUUCCUAAUGCUAUGUGCCUUUUUCUAUUCUAAAAUGCCCUUUUGUGUAGGCAGGCUCUAGCAAAAUAGGCAUAAUGGGGAGUUGAAUUUGGAGAGUGCAAAAUUCAUUCUAGGGCAUUUUGUGCUUGCUGGGCUGUAUUUACUGUAAUGUCUUUCCCUUAUAUGGGAAGAGAGCCGACUAAUGAACCUACCAGGAUUGUUUUGCUCUCACAUUCAGUUUAGCAUUGUGCAGUAGAGCAUGUCUUUGCUGCUGCCCCUGCUGCAAGGCCUAUAGGUGUUGAGGGGAAGCCAGCAGCACAUUAUCAAAAAGUUCUGGAUUCCCAGCACCUACGGUAAUUGCUGAUGGGGCUGAAUAGAUUUCCUUAUCUAUGUUGAUAUGAAAGAUUAGGAACUAGUAAUAGAUGCUAGCAUGGAUUUUUCCAUCAGCCAUAAUAAUCGGGUCCACAAAUGUUAGCUUGGCUUAAUAGCCAACCAUUACUUGUGAUCACUAUGAACUUUUCCCCAAAUCCUGCAAAAGCCCAGAGAGAAAGAGAAACCUAUUUUCUCUCUAGAGUCCUCUGUGAACCGCAAAAAACUUGGGGAUAGGAUGGGUAAUUGAUUUGGCUGUGCCUUUUGCAAAAUCCUAUCAGGAAGGGAGAGAAGGCACUGUUCUCCAAGUUAUAUGCUGCUUAUGGAGAACUUGAAAAGGUUUGUGUGCGCUGGGGGUGUGGGAUGGAGGGACAGUCACCACGGGUGACGUGAUGGGUAGGUUUGUGGAACCCUGAUAAUAAAAAAUGCUUUUCUUGGUUUCUGUAGCCAAGCCCGUAACAUGAGUGGCCACUCGGAGACGACGCAUGCAGUUCCACGGGAGUUUCAACUGGAUCUAGAUGAGAUAGAAAAUGAUAAUGGCAGAGUGCGAUGUGAAAUGCCAGCACUUGUCCAGCACAAACUGGAUGAUAUAUUUGAACCAGUUUUGAUCCCUGAACCCAAGUGAGUGCAGAUCAAGGGCUGCUAAUGAGGCAACGGGGGGGGGGGGGGGAGAGAGAGUGUGUGUGUGUGUGUGUGUGUGUGUGUGUGUGUGUGUGGUUUAGGUAUAUCAAUCUCCUAUAUGAAGCCAAGUUCCCUUAUAUAAAGGAAGCUUCAGGGAGAAGCUUUAAAAUGUGGAAACUAUGUGUCAAACCAGGAAGGCUUUCAAACUGUACUUUAUAUAGCUGCUUAUUCUUUCAAAUAUCAUCUCCCUUCCCCAAAUAUUUUUAUUAGCCACAUGUACAAUGGCUAAUAUCUUCAUUCACAUUUCAUACUAAAUUCUUACCAGAGGUAUGUUCAGAAUGGUGUGCAUUAAACAUGGUAUUGCUGUGCAGCUAUGGAAUUUACAUGUUGCUACACUGGGCAUCCUGAGAAUGGUGUGGUUCCCAUUGAGGUCACAGGGCAUAUUUUUUCUUUCUUACAGGCUAAGGCAAAGGUUGGAGGUUGGGUUGGGGUAUGGAAUCUUAAAGCUUAUUGUGGACAGUACUAUCUCCUGUUCAUAGCCUUUGCCAAAAUGUUCAAAUUCUUUGAAAGCCUGGAUCUUGAAAGCAGAAUAAUGAUGGAAAGGGUCAGAUAUAUCAACAUUUUAUCUGCAUAAAAGGUUUUAUGGUUUACUUUGCCAGUUAUGCGCAGCCAUUGUUGUUAUGUGACAAUACUCUCUGGUAAAGAGUACCAACACCCCUCUUUUUGCUGCCUACAGCAACCUUUUUCUGCUGGCACCCACAACAUUUCUUUAUCAAGAUAUGAGUACCGGCACCUUUCCUUAACCCCCCACUCUACACAGCCCUUGAUAAGAGAGAUCCAAACAUAACUCUGGGGACAACAUACUGAGUGGAGUAGGGUUGUCCCCAUUAAGGUGGCUUUUGUGUAAUACCACAGACAUUAAUCAACUUGCUCCAUCCACUUUAAAGAAAAUGGGGUGCUUUUAAUCUGAACUGCCUGGAGAUGACAAAUUGCUUCUAAUCUUUUAACCCAGGGGCCUAAGUGACUUACUGAAUCUACUGCCCUUUAAGCUAUAACACUGUUUCUCCACCCAGGAUCCGUGCCGUCUCUCCACACUUUGAUGAUAUGCACAGUAACACCGCUUCCACCAUCAACUUUGUCAUCUCCCAGGUAGCCAGUGGUGAUAUCAAUACUAGUAUCCAAGCUCUAGCACAGGUGAGUGAAGGCCCCUCUGGUUGGCAGCUACAUAACACUGAUGGGGUCAGCAAGUAAUAUGCGAGAGUGAUGAGUUGCACAAUUGGUGGAGCUGAGUGUUGGUGACACAAGUGCCACUCAGAACCUCCCUGGUGACAAAGCCAAGUGCACAGGGGCCAUCUGACUCGCUGUUCUCGACGAGAAAGAAAAGAGGGUGUUAGUGCAAAAUGUCCUUUUCCAUCUCCCAGGUGGAUGUCUGAUGCUUGCUUCAGCAGCACAUAUACUAAAAAUCUCACUACCAUAACAUAGGCUGGUUUAAGCUUGAUGGGGCCUUGUUGCCUGUUGAUGAGAUACAGGCAAGAUGGGGCAGGCUCAUUGCUUGCCUUGCUAUGUGUUGCAGCAAUGGAGCAGAUUUCAUGCAUGAAAAUGAAACACCAGAAAAUGUUAUAGAAUCAUUGAUAGGCUCUUAAUUAAGCUUUAGGUAAUUAAACUAUGGUCUGGCUUACUUGGGUUGUAAAAGUGGGUUUUCUUAGGACGUAAACAGUAUGUCUGUUGGUACAGUAGAUAACAGGAAACUAUAUGGAAUAAUUUCUAGUUUAUUGCAGCAAAACCAGAGUUUUAUGGCAGUUUAUAUAUUUGUUAUACUAAAUUAUUAGCCUUUAAGGGGCCACAAGACUCUUCAUUUUUCAUGCUAUUCAUGGAAAUGAUACCAUUAUUAAAAACUUGCUAUAAUGUUGGGUUUGUCUGCAGAUUGAUGAGGUUUUGCGACAAGAGGACAAAGCAGAAGCUAUGUCAGGCCACAUUGACCAGUUUCUAAUAGCUACCUUCAUGCAGCUGCGACUCAUUUACAAUACGCACAUGGCUGAUGAGAAACUAGACAAGGAUGAGAUAGUCAAGUUGUACAGUUGCAUCAUUGGAAACAUGAUUUCGGUAAGGCUUUUGAUCGGGAAAACGUGGUGGAAGUUUCAGCCAGUAGAACCAAUUAAUAGUGUCUUUAGUUUAGUUUUUGUUGCGCUAUACAAUUGCCUCUUAAAGUACUGUAACACUUCUGUGCUGCAAACUAUUUUGGUAUCUAGGUAGUUUACAGCCUUGAUCCACUCUGGAUGGACUCCUGUACCUGCAAGUUUCAUCCUGCUUUGUGAAAAAAGAGCUGUUCGACAGUGGAAUUUGCUGCCAAGGAGUGUGGUGGAGUCUCCUUCUUUGGAGGUCUUUAAGCAGAGGCUUAACAACCAUAUGUCAGGAGUGCUCUGAUAGUGUUUCCUGCUUGGCAGGGGAUUGGACUCGAUGGCCCUUGUGGUCUCUUCCAACUCUAUGAUUCUAUGAAAAAGGAGGAAAAGUUGCAGCCAUUAAAAAAAAUUCUAUUAUAGAGCUGGGGACCUCUUUGGAUUUAACUGGAAAGACACGAGAGCAGUUCUGAAGCAUAUAUGGUUUCUUACAGAUACAGAUUAAAAGCAAAUCCUAUACUGAUGCUAAUCCCUAACUUUUAUCAGUAUUUUUAUCAUUCUUGGCAAUAAAAAGCUUCAGUGAGAUGUAUGAAAAUAGGUAUUUACUUCCCUCAAAUCAGUAAAAAUGUAGGUUUUUCUCUUGUAACUUCUAGGUAGCAGCAAGAAAUUGAGUUUUGGGGUGCUAAUCCAGACUGUAGUGUUUUAUCCUGAAUAUAUCCUGGUAUCUAACACUUGAAUUCCAUUGGCAGUUGUUCCAGAUUGAAAGCUUAGCCCGGGAGGCCUCUGCAGGAGUGCUGAAGGACUUGAUGCAUGGCCUCAUUACCUUAAUGCUGGAUUCGAGAGUUGACGAUCUAGAGGAAGACCAGCAGGUUAUCAAAUCAGUCAACCUCUUGGUGGUAAAAGUUCUGGAGAAAUCUGAUCAAACAAACAUAUUGAGGUAAAUAGAUUUUUGCUAAGGGCAAACAUCUUAACAAAUCCCUCAUCACUGCAGGCUCUUACCACAAGACUUAGCAUGUGCUACAAUUUGAACACCUGCUUGAUGAGAUAUUAUUGGUCUUCCUUGUUAUAGUUUAUUACCGCAUUGUCAGAUCUUUCUGCAGUUGCUGAUCAAGUUACACUAAACCCAGGCAGUCAUUUAACCUUGAGGUUUGUUCAAAUCUCUGUGCUCUACGGGUACAAAUCUGAGAUCUGAUCCAGUCUUAUCUCUAAAAAUGCUGAAUGAUCUCAUUCCCUUUAUCGGUAUUUUGAAUAACUUGAGCAGUCUGAACCGCUCUUUAAAUCUAUUUUAAUUUUGAUGCUCCAGCAAGUUUUGUUGUAUUUAUAUUGGAUUCUCUCCCCACUCCCUUUCAUGGUUUUAUGUUUUACUUUGUAUUUCAGUAGUUUUUUUACCUAUUUAUUGUAAGCCACCCAAAAAGCUUGAAGUUUUAGAACAGCAUGCAAAUGUAAAUAAAAAUAAAAUUACAUUAAAUUAUAAUAUAAUAAUAAUGAAAAUGUUGAUAUUGUGCAAGAAAUUGCAUAGCACUGUGUUAAGAAGCUGAACUGGCCAAUCAAUUUGUGUUGUCCCAUGUAUUUCUGGAGAUACUUGUGGAAUUCGUAUAGUUAAUGCUUCAUUUUUUUCAUCCUAGUGCCCUGCUUGUUCUUCUCCAGGACUGUCUAUUAACAACAGCAAGCUCUCCCAAGUUCUCAGAACUAGUAAUGAAGGUGUGUAUUGUUCUUGUUCUGUUUUUUAUUUCAAUUUCCUAUUGCAUAGUGAUUGUGUAUUAGCAGACUCUCUCAUUACACCUAUUCAUGGUCCUUCUACAAAAAAGUGUGGUUAUUGGCUGUACUGGAAAUAACUAGCAUGAAUGUAAACUUAAUAUUGCCCGAUUUGCAAAUCACAUUAAACCUCAGUUUAAAACAAGCUAUAAUUUGAUGUGAAUGCAGAGCAUGCUUGUUUGGCUGUUGAGAACUUCUUGCUUCUUUUCUGCACAGCUUCUGCUCUUGCCAUGAUUCUGGGGAACAAGCCAGAAUCUGACUUGUUGUGGCCCCUGGGCUUGUGGCUUGUCUCUCUCCAGCCAAACAAUAGUACUAACCAAGGUUUGUUCUUUCCUUAAUGCCUGUGAUUUGUUUGGGAGAAAACAAACUCGGGCUCAGACAUCACAACUUGUCAGGUUCCUGCAUUUACCUAGACAUGUGAAUGCUCAAAAGCAUGAAAGGGGACAUCUUCAUGGCCAUUGUGCCCUCCCCCCACUCCCCACCCUUCGCUGCAUUGUGUGGGAAGUCUGCAGGGGGCCUCCGCUCACAAGUGCAGGAUGAGUCUACUCCUAUUCAAGCAAAUGCAAGUAGAAGCCCCCUGCAAACUUCCCCACACAAUGCAGGGAAGGCUGGGGACUGAGUGGGAGGUUGCAACAUUUACAAAGACAUUGCAGACAGGACUUGGGGCAUUCUUGUGUUUGGGCAGGCACCUGAACAAGCCCAUUGUGAAGGAAUAAUCCAUAUGUUAUAUCAUUUUAAGCUCAAAGAACCAAGUUCAGAGAUGACAUUCUUAGAUUACUGUGAGGACUUGCUUUGUCUUAAUGUUUAUCAAAGAAACCAUCUACCUUUCCACCCCCCUCCCCCACAGUGUUUAUGGAGAAUGGUAAGACUUCUCCCUGAAACUAUCAACACUAUCAAUCUGGACCGAAUCAUGUUGGACAUCCACAUCUUUAUGAAGGUCUUUCCAAAAGAAAAACUAAAGCAGUGCAAGAGUGAAUUCCCAAUACGGACGCUGAAGACUUUGAUUCACACCUUGUGCAAACUGAAGGGACCCAAGGUGAGAGCAAACUGCUUCACCCCAAGGUGCUUAUGAUCUCUGGAAUAACAAAAGGUUUCUUAAUUAAAAGGUAUCACACUUCUUCCUAGCUUUUGGAUCAUCUAACAAUGAUAGAUAACAAGAAUGAGUCGGAGUUAGAGGCCCACCUGUGCAAAAUGAUGAAACACUCCUUGGACCAAACUGGAAGCAAGUCUGACAAAGGCACAGAAAAGGGAGCUUCUCGCACAGUACGUAUUCCAUAUUUUUAAAAAUUGUUAAACAUGACACCCUGGUGUGAAGCUUGUUAGUUUAUUGAGCCCACAACUGGAAUCUUUUCUGAAUUGUGUCGUGCUUUUACCUCGGACCAUUCAGAAGACUGAUUAAGCUCUUCAAGUAUCUCUGUUCACUUUUAAAGGAAGGAGAAUGCAGCAUGAUCUGCCUGUCUUGCCUUCCUCUUCCCCUUUCAUGUGUAGCCAACAGAAGAGAAAGCUGUGUGAAGAGGGGGGUGGCUUGCUUCUUGGCAUAAACUUUGUCUCCUCUAGAACAGUAACAUUGAAAUACAAAUCCAUACAAACUUGGUGCAGCACAACUGCUAGCAAGUACUAAUGUUAAAAUGUACAUUUUUAAUUUAACAUUGUUGUAUCUUGUGCCUCUUUAAUUACAAGGUUAACAUCUUAUUCUUACUGGCGUGUGGUAAUGGUAAUGCCCAUUGGCCUCUAAUUAUCUCAGCUGGUUCCUUGAACAGCUGGAUGCUAGGACUCCCCCCCCCCCCCGCCCGCCACAAGGUUAAAAAUGUCUAUGUUCUGCCCAGAGGUUCAUCUGAAACAGAAUGUGGAAACAGUGAUUCUCAGCACCCUGUAUGUAUGUAUGUAUGUAUCAUAGCUUGUAGAGCUUCAGAGCAGGAUAGCCAAGAGGUGGAAGAGGGCACAUCUGUUUCUUCGCCACAGUACAUCUUUAAUCCUGCUUGGGGUUGGAUUCUCACACAAACCUACAACUGACCAUAAACCUGUAUCAUUGUAUGGUGGUUAAUGCAAGUUCUUCCCAGUCCAGUAAUCCUGUGCCUCCAGGUCACCAAGUGCAUUCAUGGUUGACCAGGUCUUGACUUAUACUGCAAGACCUGGUACAGUUCUUGGCUAUUGAGCACUAUGUCAUUGCAUAGACUUACAACUUGUUGGUGUUGGCGAUUCCUAAUUGUGCAAAAUGUAUGGAAUCUGCAGCUGACCACUCUUACUCUAAUAGCAAUAGCAACCAACACCUACUGGUUCAAUCAGGACAACUUAUCUGCCCUUUAUUAUAUUUAUAGAAAUGCUUCAACUGUCUAAACUGUCAUCCCUCUAUUUUGGUAAUAUGUCUCAAUUUCUUUUUAUAGGAUGAAAAGACACCAAAGGCCAAAGUGAAUGAUAUUUUAGCAGAGAUAUUUAAGAAAAUUGGGUCUAAAGAAAACACUAAAGAGGUGAGGGCUUUAUUACCAUGGUGGAAGGUGAAAAAUUAGGAACAUUGGUACUUAUAAUGAAUUCCCAAAGGGCUCAUUUGGGAGUGUUGUCCAUCGUGAAAUAAAGAAUAUAGUGAAUCGGCUUGAAUUUGAUGCAUGAGUCUUAAUGAAAACCAGCUAUUGGUUGAUUAGCAAAGAAGAGUGGAUCCUAGAUGCACUCUGCACUCCAGCAGGAGGUAAUCUUCACGGUAAGCACCAGUCCUCCUUUGCCUGUUGGAGUGGGAGUCUUUCCAGAUUGGGAUAUUUUUUAAAAAGCACUUUGAUCACCUGGAUUAUCUAAAUCACUGUUCUCUCAUGGCCAGAGCACUUUCUUUUUUUUUCAAAUAAUUUUUAUUAAGUUUCAUAUUACCAAAUUAAACAUAUCAAACCAAUUAGUCCAAAUUAUAACAAUACAUAUAUAAUCCAAUUAUUUGCCAAAUUAUAAAUUUUUUUUGUGGGGGGUACCCAUGCUUCUCGAUUGGCAGGAGUCCAAUCCUCAACUGUUUUCUGCUGCCUUCAUGUUAAGAAUGAUAUUUUCAGUCUCCUCUUCUCAAUCCUUGUCAUUACACAUUUUCCUUUUCCUUCGCCUCCGAAUUACUCCGCAAAUGGGUUGAAAAAAAACACCAGUCUUAUUUGUAUUUCUGUGUGGACUUUAUACUGCUCUCUCGUAAAUCCCAAUAAUCCAGGCAUUUCCGCUUGAGCAAGCACUCGCCAUCUUGUCGUUCAGAUGAAAUACAGUCUAAAGCUUGCUCUUUAGCUUUUCCGACCUGUUGCAUCGUAAAUUAGCCUUUUUCCAGGAGGGCUGCCCCUUCCAGUUCGCAAUCUCAUCGAAAGAAAUAAAUCUUCGACUCGCCCUCCCCCAAGACCAAAACCUCCUGCAACACAGGUCUCGUAUCCAGUCUCCAUUUUAAGUGCGUCACAGAGAGAGCCCUUCUUUCCAAAUCCUUUACAGGAAAUCUAUAUCAUUCCCACACAGUUCAUAUUCAGUCCCAUUUGCCAAUUAGUUGCUGUGACGGAUCCUCUCAGAGGGAGGGUUAUUAGUAAUCACAUAGAGGAAAAAAAGAUAAAAAGUCAUUCCCCCCCCCCUUAAGUUCCGUUGCACUGCAAUCCACAUACCAGCUUGUCUGUAGUGCUUUGAUUAAUCUUCCGUCUCAGUCUUCUUCAUUUCGGUGGUAAAAUUGUUAGCAGAUAAAAACCUCCUGCCUCUCUUGAAGCAUGUGUGUUAUCUUUCACCAAUUUUUUCCUUUUAAGUAACGCAACUAGUUUCGCUCCUGAAAGUAGCUUGGGAGGAGUUCCGAGAUCCGCCGAGGGUUUACACCCAGUGCCUCACCCCCUCCUUCUUCUGAACUCGGGGGUGAUUUACGGCAACCGCGGGUGAUAACUGCAUCUCUCCCCCCUGGAAAGAUGUUAGGGAGACUGAUUUACUCCCCAUAAUCAGCCUCUAAUUACCUCGUGUGGGCUGGAUAGAUCCGCCAUCUUUCAAGGUGCCCCUAGCGGCCCCCUGGCCAGAGCACUUUCUGCAGCGCUCCAGUGCUACUAUACACACAGAUUGGGACAUUUUAAUGAGAGGACCGUUGUUGGAAAGUGCUAUGAUGCAUAGUGCCACAGGGUUACAAUGUGCCUUGCAUGCCAGUGUGAUGUAUGCUGGCUGAUUCACCUGGCUAAGGUAAAGGUAGAUAUGAUUGUUUCCUCAUCUGUAUGGGUUAAAGGAGUCAAAAUGCUCUGUUGCUGAAAAGCAAAUGUACGUUGUGUGAAUGUCAUUCUGUGGACUAAUUCUAAUUACAGUGGUAUCUCUGAUUAAAAACUUAAUUCGUUCUGGAGGUCCAUUCUUAACCUGAAACUGUUCUUAACCUGAGGUACCAUUUUAGCUAAUGGGGCCUCCCGCUGCUGCCGCACAAUUUCUGUUCUCAUCCUGAGGUAAAGUUCUUAACCCGAGGUACUAUUUCUGGGUUAGCAGAGUCUGUAACCUGAAGCAUUUGUAACCCGAACCGUUUGUAACCCGAGGUACCACUGCAUUGUUGACAGUGCUCUGGAUGGUGGUAGAUGUUAGGAGUGUAUACCAACCACAAGUUUAGGUUCAGACCCUGAUAUGGCACUUUGGAAAACAGCCUGCCUCAGUCUGAGGUGCUGAGUCAGUCCAAAACCAUUUCACAUUUCCUCGUCCCCGUUAAUUAAUGGGAAGUAACACACACACACACACACACACACACACACACACACACACACACCAUUUGACAGACAUGGAUAAAAUUUGCUGGCAUAUGAGCCCCUCCAAAGCAAAUAAAUCCUGCCAAAUUAAAAGCAGUUUGGCCCUGGGCCUUUUGUAGUGGACACCUUCAAACUCUGUUGUGUUUACCAGUUUUACAGCACACUCACCUUUAACCCUAAAGCUGGUGAUGAUUUUGUAAACAUGUAACUUUUGAAUGACUGAAGCUCUUCUUUCUGCAGGGUCUGGCAGAGCUUUAUGAAUAUAAAAAGAAGUAUUCUGAUGCAGACAUUGAGCCCUUCCUAAAAAACUCCUCACAGUUCUUCCAGAGCUAUGUGGAACGAGGUCUCCGACUGAUUGAAAUGGAAAGGGAGGGCAAAGGGCGCAUUCCUUCUACAGGUAACUCCCAGAGCACUGUGACAGCAUGGACUAGAGGGAGCCAAUGGCUGUAAUUGACUGUAGGGGGCUUCAGAAAUAAUUCACCUGUUCUUUUGUAACUGGUGGUAUGAAAUAUAGGCAUGAAAUUAAAACAUCAUAGGGCAAUUGCACAAUAGUCUCUCACCAAGCAUAUUUCUCUUGGCCUCAGGAGGUAAUUGCAAUUGACUUUCCCCCCUAAGAGCUGGUUCCUGGGCUGUGUAGAAGCAAAGAAAAUUGUAUCUCCCGAUCCACAAGCUUCAGAUCAGCAAGUCCCACCAUCCCAUGUUACAAUGCAAGAGGGGAAAGCAGCAGCACGAGUCAUGGGUCACUUGCGCAUUGCCUUUCCUAAUUGCUUUGUAACAUACGUAAAGGCUUGUUCUCAGCCUUCCUAUCCACGAAAACAUUAGUAAAAGCAAGUAGUCUGCAAAGUCACAGCUGCUGUGAAUCAACAAUGUCACUCCCACUGCAGAAGUAGGCAUAUUAAAAGACCUCUGAACCAAUAAGGACACAUCCUGGCAUCCGAACUACACUGGGGCCACUGCAGCUUGGCUCAUUUUCCUUCACCUCUUAAAAAUCAUCAGAAACCUCAGACUGCUACAUAGGAAGAACCCACAUCUUGGUUCUUUCCCAUAGCCAGUGUUGCUCCUGUUUCAGGAAAGGCAGUGCUGGCAGGAGGAGGAGCCAUGCGGUGGACUCAUGGUCCAAGGCUUCUGAGGUUAUCCCCGGAGCACAGAAAGUGCAGCAGCUCCUACACCACAUGGACCCUGAGAAACAUCACAAUCCUCAGUUGGUGUCUGCUUGGACUCAUUUUUUGUGUUUGUGUUUGUUUUUUGUUUUUGUUUUUUCCAUAUUCCAGGGGUUUCUCCACAGAUGGAGGUAUCGUGUAUCCCUACUCCCACCAAUACAGUCCCUUCAUCUAUAGGAAAUGCCAAUGGGGAAGAGGUGGGGCCUUCCGUCUACUUGGAAAGGCUAAAAAUCCUCAGGCAACGAUGUGGCCUUGACAAUGCAAAGGUAUUCUCUCGAUUUACGUAUGCGGCAGUGUCUGUGUUUCAGCAUCCUCUCUCUUUCUCUAGUCCUUGGUGAAUCCUUGUCUCUCAUGGCAUGUUUGCUCUUGGGGCAGAAGGCUUGACACAUCUUUGCUUGCAGACUACUUGCUUUCGCUAGACUCCUUGGGGCAGCCAGGUGGGACAGGAAGCUACUUCAGGCGCUGCACAGAACUGAGGAAAGACAAAGCACGAGUGUUAUCACUUGAGCUGCUGUUUUCCCUGUAACAUAGGAGGGGCUUGCUGAUCUUGCCUGUCAUGAAACCAUUGAGCCUCUUGGGUGAUCGAUUCAGAGGUUCAUUGAUCUCUCAACCAAUGAUACACAUUUUUCUUUGUAUGUAGUGCAUAAACUGUCUGAUAGGAGAAGGCCUAAUGUAUUUUUGCCUCCAAAGCUCUAAACAUCAGGCUUUUGCACUACUGCUUAUUGUUCUAUGAGUGUGUGUAGGCUUGGCGUACUAUCAUAUCAGCAUAGAUGGGCAAGCCUGUGUAUAGACUGCACUUGAAAAGAAUGGUUUUGUGGCAAUAAAAUAUUUGAUUUGCAAAAUAAUAAUGAUGAUGUGUAAAGGUUACAGAAUUAAUCAGUGCAUAUUGAGCUGUGACAACUAAUAAAAUUGUAAAGAAACAUACUGUUUAUAUGGGGCAGAGAUGCUAGAACAUUAAUGCCUGAUAAAUCACUGGAGAAACUGACCCAGAAGCACAUCUAGAUAAACUUUGGAACAGUGUUCUGUGGUUCCUUAGAUGUGUGAACCAUCUAGAAGCUCCAGUUGAGCACUUUCUAAUGAGAGUGGGGAAAAUGGAAGCUAACAAGUUGUGACCUGAUUUCUCACACUGCCUUUGAAUUGUUAAGAUGUUUUUGGUUCAGUCACAAAGGUAUUGUUAGACGAUUGUUUCUACAAAGACUGGCUCCCUCUCAGAAUGGAAUAGCAUCAAAGCUUCAGCUUUGUGUCUGAUGUGGACUCAAAGAAAUGCCAUGUGUUAAUUUAUUAUGCAUCAAGCGUGCUUGAGCAAAUUCCUUUCCAGCUGACAGGUGCUGUAUGUGGUGAAAACACAGUUGGUGGAGGAGCAAGCCAAGAUGCUGGAUCGUUCACUUUAGCAAUCCCAUAAUCAGGAUUGCACUAUAAGCACAGGUGUAUGAACCCACUCAUUAUUCUAAACUCGUAAAAGGAUCGGCACACCACCUUUUUUUUGAAUGGUUUCCAAAUAGCAAGCAGAACAGAAAAUGCUCUGGUAUUGAUAAUUUUUGCUUUGGAACAAGUGUUUUGAGCAUUGUUUCUGUCCACAGCAGGAAGACAGAGCACCCCUGACCUCCCAGCUGUCCAAGCCAUCAGCCCCUACAGUUGCAUCCUCCACAGAUAUGCUCCACAGUAAGCUUUCUCAGCUCCGUGAGUCACGGGAACAAUACCAGCACAUCGAUCUGGACUCCAAUCAGACCCACUCUUCUGGCAUUGGAACCACCACGUCCUCCUCUGCAGCAUCCAAUAUUGAUGACUUGAAAAAAAGACUGGAGAGAAUAAAAAGCAGCCGCAAGUGAAAUUGCAUCAGACAGCGUGGCUGUUGAAGAGCUGUCCACAUUUAGUUUACUAAACUAGAAGUCUUCAUAGUUAAGUGGCCUCAUGUAGGCCUUCUGUAUACAAACUGGUUUAUGUGUAUAAUACAGCAGAUCUUGGAGGAGGAUCCAAGUCAUUGUGGCACAAGUCUUUGUACAUACUUUGCUUCUCUGUGAGCUUUUAUUGACCGUAGAAGACUGUCUGUAUUAGUUUUAGUGUACAGAGCUGUAAACAACCAUUCUCUUCAAUCCAGUUUCUCAUAACUUUAUUUGUAAAGUUGUCUUCUCUUUCUUAGCUCUUAACUCUUAGAAGCUCUUCAGUGGUUUUUCUUUUAUUUUUAACAACUUCUUCUCCAUAUAAUCCUUGAACAGUUUCUGUACGGACGCAUGGCAUGAAUUAACUAAGUGUCUUUUUGUAAAUAAAGUUUGCAUUAACUCUCUCUGGGAGCAGCAGUGGCUGUUGGUGAGAAAUGUCCAUCCAUGUUCUUAGUUACAAGUGACUCAGCCUUUCUAGUUGUCCGUGAGCUGCUGUCUAAACCUUCACAGCAGAUUAACUUUCAUGGAGAAGCUGAGACACUAACAUUGCAAGCAUGCUUCAGGUUGAAGAAAUCUUUGAUUUCUAUUGUGAGCACUGUUAGUCUUACCAUGGCUUCCAGAAUUGCGUGGGGCAGAGGCAAAACAUUUCACCCCCCAAAAAACCACUUUCCAAGCCCUUCUCUGUGUUUUAAUCUAGUUAGCCUACAAGUGCUAGAAUGCUCAGGUUCCUUUUAAGGAUUUAGUUUCAUCCAUUUUGAGAACUGAUUUUUUAAAAAUGGUGGAUGAUCAGUAUCCUACACUGAAGACAUGUUGGCCUUUCCUCAUAUGUCAGUUGCUAUACAUGCUGGAGCCCAGAAUAUUUGCUCUUAGAUAUAUUUUUAGCUCUGCUGUCAGCCUGAAAGUUUUGUAGUAAAUGUAUGAUCAGUGAUUGCUGCUAGUGGUUGAGAACAUAGUCUUGGGGACACUGUUUCCAAAAUACAUGUGUUCUCAGAAGGUGAAUUAUACUGUGGCAGUUGACGGUCACGUGGAUGUGGUUGUGGGGAAUUGUUCUGGAGGACUUGCUGCUUUUAUGUAUGGGUUAUGCAUUUGUGUGCCUCUUACAAUCUGAGCUAUAGCACACAGUUGUUGGAGUAAUUUCUAGGUUAAUCUUCCCUCCUCUGCCCCUGCCUUGGAUAUUUUGACAUAAGUGGCAUUGCACCGUCUUUAACACGCUCCCAGAAAUACCAGCUCUUUCCUGUGGCUGACAGAGAUUUAAUUUCAUUUGCAUUUCUUCGUGCUUGUUAGACGUUGAUUAAAUAGCAUUUACUAUACACCAUAGUUUAGUGUUGCAUCAAAUCAAAUUGGUUGUCUUUAUAAACUUUGUUGGUCAUUGUGUACACAUUAUGAUGUGUAUGCUGAUUUGGAAGCGAUGCCCAUAAGAGGGUGCAUCCCAGUGUGUGCAUUAUUUGCCUUCUGGGAGGACUCUGCACACUUCCCAUUGUUAACUUGCAGUUUUUUUCAGUGGAUGCCACUUCAUAUUGAAUCAGCUGCCUUAGGUAGGGCUAUGAAAGAUUGAAUCAGCACCUGUCAGCCACUUUAGCACUUUGGUGUGCCUUGCAGUGGUGCAAAAUGCAUACAGUUUGUGGGGCUCUGAGUUGCUGCUUGUGGCAUCUAGUGAUAGCCUCCUCUUGUAGCUGAUGCCCUGUUCCUUACUCUUAUGUUGGAGCUCACACUGGUAUAGUAAGUGCAAGGAACGGAGAGGUAAUGGUCAUUAGAAAUACAAUUUGCAGGGGGGGUGUAUGUGUGUCAUUAGUGAGAUUUGGAAAUGCAAUGAAGUCUCUGGCAAACUUUGUUUUCUCUAAAAAGAUGCUCUCCCCACCACUAGGUGUGGCUUUAGUUUUGAUACAUUCUCCCCUUACAGUGCUGGUUUCAGAAAUGCCCUAUUUAAGCCACAUUUAGCUUAACCUAGAGCCAAUGGAAAUGUUUCUACAGUAUGUUUGAAUAAAUGUUACAUUUUACUACUAAAA